GCCGACCAACAUGUCCACACAGGCGCCGACGUUCACGCAGCCGUUGCAGAGCGUCGUGGCACUAGAGGGUAGUGCCGCGACGUUCCAGGCUCAAGUUAGUGGUUCUCCAGUUCCCGAGGUGAGCUGGUUUCGUGAUGGCCAGGUUCUCUCUUCCGCCGCUCUGCCCGGCGUGCAGAUCUCGUUCAGCGACGGCCGCGCUGUUCUGACGAUCCCCGCCGUGACCGCCGCACACAGCGGGAGGUUCUCCGUCAGAGCCACCAACGGAGCCGGGCAGGCCACCAGCACGGCCGAACUGCUGGUCACAGCGGAGACCGCCCCCCCCACCUUCUCCCAGCGCCUGCAGAGCGCCGCGGUUGCCCAGGGCAGCCAGGUGAAGCUGGACGUGCGCGUGUCGGGGAUCCCUGCACCGACCGUGAAGUUCUUCAGAGAGGGAGCCGAGAUCCAGAGCUCCGCCGACUUCAGGAUCCUGCAGGACGGAGAGAUGUACAGCCUGCUGAUCGCCGAGGCUUUCCCAGAGGAUUCUGGGAAUUAUUCUGUCACCGCCAGCAACAGCAGCGGCCGCGCCACCUCCACCUGCGAGCUGCUGGUUCAGGGUGAAGAAGCCGUCCCAACCAAGAAGACGAAGACCGUCGUCUCCACGUCCCAGAUGGCCAGUUCCCAGACCCGAGUGCAGAAGAAGGUGGAGGCCAGCUUCCAGUCCAGCACCAUGAUGGAGAUGCAUGUUGAAGGAGGAAUGAUGACUCAGCAUCUGGCUCACAAAACCCCUCCACGGGUUCCCCCGAAGCCCACCUCCAAGUCCCCGCCGUCCUUUGUUUCCAAGGUGACGGGAGGACGCCAGCAGUCACCAUCACCCGUCCGCCACGUGAAGGGGCCAUCGCCCGCGCCCGUCAGACCCGUCUCUCCCUCCAGAAGAAUCUCCGUCUCCCCCAUCAGACCCGUCAAGUCUCCCGUCAUGACCAGGAAACAGCUCUCUGCGUCUGCUGAGGUCCUGCCGCCCUGGAAGCAGGGAGGCUACGCGUCUGAAGCCAGCUACGCCAGCAUGACCGGCAUGGCCAGUAUGACCGGUAUGACCGGCAUGGCCAGUAUGACCGGUAUGACCGGCAUGGCCAGUAUGACCGGUAUGACCAGUAUGACCGGUAUGACCAGUAUGACCAGUGUGACCAGUGUGAGCAGCGCCACCCAGCGUCAUGUGGAGAAACACUGGGAGCAGCAGGUCACCGCCACCAGAGAGGGCGAGGGUGGGGUCAAAGCCGAGGCCGUGGCCACGGUGGUGGCCGCCGUGGACCUCGCCCGUGUCCGCCGGCCCGUGCAUGCUAGAGACGGCGAGGCUGUAGAGGAGGAGAUGAGGCAGCCGGUCGCUGCAACACAAGACAAACACGUCGUUAUGAAAACACUUCCUGCUGAAGCUCCCGCAGAGCAGCUCACAGGCUCCCUGGAAACCAAGGAAACCAAGGAAACCAAGGAAACCAAGGAAACCAAGGAAACCAAGGAAACCAAGAUUCAGAGAACAGCAGCGCUCUCCUCCCGCGUGGACGCUGGGCUCGCCACGUCUCCAGCAGUUCCACAUUUCACAGUUUCUAAAGUUCCCGUCCCAAAACACGAACCGAGCCACGAGGUUUCCAUCGCUGGCUCUGCUAUCGCUACUCUGCACAAAGAGCUGUCUUCCUCCUCCGCUGCCAGAAAGAUCAUCAAGCCCGUCAAGUCUCCCAGUCCGUCUCGCCGGGCGGCAACGGUGCUGGAGGUGCACAGGACGCCAGAGCCCCUCCCUCCGCCGUUUCGAGACGCCAGAUAUCAGUUUGAGUGUCAGCGGGACGGAGUGAGUGAGGAGGAGUUUGAGGACUGGGAACCUCAGGAGGCGGCCGCCGUUCCCACCGGAGCUCAGGAGCCCGUCGUUCCUCCCACGCUUAUCGCUGGUUUGAAGAACGUGACGGUGACCGAGGGCGAGGCGGUGACCCUGGAGUGCCAGAUCAGCGGCCAGCCAGCUCCCAGCAUCCUGUGGUUCAGAGAGGACUACAAGAUCGAGAGCUCCAUCGACUUCCAGAUCAGCUACGCGAGCGGAUUCGCCCGGCUGGUGAUCCGCGAGGCGUUCGCCGAGGACAGCGGGCGCUUCACCUGCACCGCCAGCAGCGAGGCGGGCACCGUUAGCACUUCCUGCUACCUGCUCGUCAAAGUGUCCGAAGAGAUCGAGAGCAGAGAGGAAACGACGACCGUCACCGAAAUGGGAAUCAGCCAGGAGAAAACCGUUGCGGUGGAGACACAGCAACAGACGGUGGUGGAGGUGAGUACCGGCGAGGCUGCCGCUCCCUUCUUCAUCCAGAAACCCACGGUUCAGAAGCUGGUGGAGGGAGGGGCUGUCGUCUUCGAAUGCCAGGUCGGAGGAAACCCCAAACCUCACAUCAUCUGGAAGAAGAGCGGCGUGCCUCUCACGACCGGAUACAGAUACAAAGUGACCUACAAGAAGGAGACCGGAGCCUGCAGGCUGGAGAUCUCCAUGACCUUCGCUGACGACGCUGGAGAAUACUCCAUCUUUGUGAAGAACCCCCACGGAGAAGCCUCGGCCUCGGCCGGCCUGCUGGACGAAGAGGCGUAUGACGCCUAUAUGAAGCAACAUGACGUGACGUAUAAAACCGAAGUGACUACGACGGUGGUCCAGGAGCCCUCUGUGGUCGUGACUCAGUACGAGCAGGAACAGAGGAGAACCACCACCCCCAUGAGCUAUGUCUCAGAAACGGAGUUUCUGAUUUCAGCCUUUGAGGAGCGGAUCAUCCAGGAGAUUGAGCUGCGUAUCCUAAGAAUCAGCUACAGCGAGUUGGUGACGGAGGACGGCGAGCUGAUGGUGACGGUCGCGGAGGAAGAGGCACUGCAGCCCGCCUUCGACACGCCCGUCAAAAACUACAGAAUCAUGGACGGCAUGGCCGUCACUUUCCACUGCAGGAUGGCUGGACAUCCUCUGCCGAAGAUUGCUUGGUACAAAGACGGCCAGCGCAUCAGGCCUGGCGGCCGUUACCAGAUGGAGGUUCUCCAGGAUGGACGAGCCAGCCUGCGUGUGCCCGUGGUUCUGCCGGAGGACGAGGGCGUGUACACAGCCUUCGCCUCCAACAUGAAGGGAAACGCUGUCAGCUCUGGGAAGCUCUACGUCGAGCCGUCCGGAGCCGUGACGCCUCAGAGAUACACACCGCAGCCAGCCAUGCAGAGGAUCAGAUCUACGUCUCCUCGCUCUCUGAGCCGCUCACCUGGACGUUCUUCCAGCCGUUCGCCCGGACGCUCUCCGUCCCGUCGGCUCGAUGACACAGACGAGGCUCAGCUGGAGAGACUCUACAAGCCUGUGUUUGUCCUGAAACCUUCCUCUAUUAAAUGCUCCGAGGGGCAAACUGCCAGAUUCGAUUUAAAGGUUGUGGGCAGACCGAUGCCCGACACAUACUGGUUCCACAACGGACAACAAGUGACCAAUGACUACACACACAAGAUAGUGGUUAAAGAGGACGGUACCCAGUCCCUUAUCAUCGUCCCGGCCAUGCCACAAGACUCUGGAGAGUGGACGGUCAUCGCACAGAACAGAGCUGGACGGACUUCUGUCUCUGUAACUCUUACUGUUGACGCUCGAGAAAGCGUGGCACGACCUCAGUUUAUCGAGAAGCUGAGGAACAUCACCGUGAAGCAGGGCACUCUGGUCGAAUUGGCCGUCAAAGCCAUCGGAAACCCGCUGCCCGACAUCGUCUGGCUGAAGAACAGUGACAUCAUUACCCCACAGAAACACCCACAUAUCAAGAUUGACGGGACUAAAGGAGAGGCCAAAUUCCAGAUUGUAUCUUCUUCCGGCUCGGACAGCGCCUGGUAUACGGCUACGGCCAUCAACAAGGCCGGCAGAGACACAACUCGCUGCAGAGUCAACGUAGAGGUGGACUUCGCCGCUCCACAAGCCGAGAGGAAGCUCAUCAUCACCAAAGGAACGUACAAGACCAAGGACAUCGCAGCGCCCGAGCUGGAGCCUCUUCACCAGCGAUACGGCCAAGAGCAGUGGGAGGAAGGCGACCUUUUCGACAAAGAGAAGCAGCAGAAACCGCUCUUUAAGAAGAAGCUGACUUCUAUCCGAAUGAAGCGCUUCGGUCCGGCUCAUUUCGAGUGCAGACUGACUCCGAUCGGCGACCCCAACAUGGCCGUGGAGUGGCUGCAUGACGGCAAACCCCUGGAAGCCGCCAACCGGCUCCGCAUGGUCAACGAAUUCGGCUAUUGCAGCCUCGACUACGAAGCCGCCUACGCCAGAGACAGCGGCGUCAUCACCUGCAGAGCCACCAACAAGUUCGGAGUGGACCAGACCUCGGCAACGCUCAUCGUCAAGGACGAAAAGGGCCUCGUCGAGGAUACGCAGCUACCCGAAGGCAGGAGGGGAGCGCACAGGAUCGACGAGAUCGAACGCAUGGCGCACACGGGAGGACCCUACGGAGUCACCGGUGACGAAGAAAUGGAGAAGAUGAAACCAGAGAUUGUGCUUCUUCCCGAACCAGCCAGAGUUCUUGAAGGCGGCAUUGCACGAUUCCGCUGCAGGGUGACCGGUUAUCCUGCACCCAAAGUCAACUGGUACCUCAACGGACAACUGAUCCGCAAAAGCAAGAGAUACAGACUUACCUACGAUGGCAUUUACUACUUGGAGAUCGUCGACGUCAAGUCCUACGACUCUGGAGAAGUCAGGGUGGUUGCAGACAAUCCUCUCGGCACAACCGAGCACACGGUGAAAGUGGAGAUCCAACAGAAGGAAGACUUUAGAUCCGUGCUGCGUCGCGCUCCCGAUCAGAAGGCCGCGGAGGCGUCACACGACCCUGGCAAAGUCGGAUUUGAUGUGGUGAAGGUGGAGCGACCCAGCGAGUCGGCACAGGACAGAGAAGUCGUGAGGCUGCGCAAGGCGCAGAGAGUCGUUCACGAGAAAACCUCGGAGGAGUCGGACGAACUGAAGAGCAAGUUCAAGCGCAGGACGGAGGAAGGUUUCUACGAGUCCAUCUCUGCCGUGGAGUUCAAGUCACGCAAGAGGGACGACUCCUACGAGGAUCUGCUGAAGAAGACGAAGGACGACCUGCUCCAUCGCCUGAAAGAGAAAGAAGAAGCCGAGAGGAAGAAGAUGGAGGAACAAGGCAAAGUCACGAUCCCCACGAUCAAACCAGAGAGGGUCCAGCUCUCCCCGAGCAUGGAAGCACCCAAGAUCCUCCAACGCAUCACGAGCAAGACGGUCGCCCCGCUGGAUGAGGUUCGUUUCCAGCUGCGAGUCGUCGGCAGACCGGAACCCGAGUGCCAGUGGUUCAAGAACGGCGUCCUGGUGGAGAAGACGGAGCGUAUCUACUGGUACUGGCCAGAGGACCACUUGUGCGAGCUGGUGAUCCGAGACGUGACGGCAGAGGACUCCGCCAGCAUCAUGGUGAAAGCCGUGAACGUUGCCGGGGAGGCCUCCAGCCACGCCUUCCUGCUCGUGCAAGGCAAGACGGCGGUGACCUUCACCCAACAUCUGGAGGACUUGAGCGCCAACGAGAAGGACACCAUGGUGACCUUUGAGUGUGAAACCAACGAGCCUUUCACCAAAGUCAAAUGGCUCAAGAACAACAUGGAGAUCUUCUCCGGAGACAAAUACAGAAUGCACUCUGACAGGAAGGUCCACUUCCUGUCCGUGCUGGUCAUUGAAAUGAAGGACGCUGCCGAAUACUCGUGUGUGAUUGUAGAUGACGAGAGCAUCAGGACGAGCGCCAGGCUCCACGUAGAAGGCGCCGCCCUGGAGCUGAGGAAACCUCUGGAGAACAUCGAGGUGCCGGAGACGUACGCCGGAGAGUUUGAGGUGGAGCUGUCCCGCGAGGACGCCGAGGGCAGCUGGUUCUUCGGAGACAAGGAGCUGUCUCCCAGCAGUAAAUACAUCAUGUCCUCCCGCCGAGGAAGACACACCCUGUCCAUCAAAGACGUGAGGAAGGAAGACCAGGGGAAGUAUAGCUUCGUAUGUGGAGAUCUGAGGACCAGCGCCUCGCUGAAGAUGAAACUGCGCCCCGUCACCCUGAUGCAGCCUCUAACCGACCUGACAGUGUGCGAGGGCGAUAUCGCCCAGCUGGAGGUCCGCUUCUCGCAGGAGAACGUGGAGGGAACCUGGAUGAAGAACGGCGCUGCCGUCUCGGCCUCGGACCGCGUCCACAUCGUCAUCGACAAACAGAUUCACAAACUGCUGCUGGAGAACGUCACCAGGGAAGACGCCGCUUCCUACGCCUUCGUGGUUCCCGCGCAGGACAUCUCCACCUCGGGAAAACUCAGCGUUCAGACGAUCGACAUCGUGGUUCCGCUGAAGGACGUGUCCUCGGUCGAAGGCACCAAGGCGGUUCUGGAGGCCAAAAUCUCCGCUCAGGACAUCAGCUCGGUCAAAUGGUACCUCAACGACAAACUGCUGCUGCCCAGCGACCGGAUCCAGAUGGUUGCAAAGGGAUCCAAGCAGCGACUGGUCUUCACCAGGACCUACGCCUCUGAUACCGGACGCUACAAACUGGUGGUCGGAAAGGUGGACACCAGCUGCAGCCUCACUGUCCAAAAGGUUCACAUCGUGAAGCACAUGGAGGACAAAGUUUGCUCCGAGUCCCAGAACGUUACCUUUAACGUGGAAGUGUCUCACCCCGGCAUCGACCCCGUCUGGACCUUCAAGAACCAGCAGCUCAAAGCCGGACCCAAAUACAAGAUGGAGUCCAAGGGCGUGGCUCACUCUCUGACUGUCAUCGACGCCAUGAAGGACGUGGACGGCCAGUACACGUUCCACGCUGGGGAACAGACGUCCAGCGCCAAGCUCACCGUCUCCGGUGGCGCCAUCACGCGGCCGCUGCAGGACGUCAUGGUGGCCGAGUCUCAGACUGCGGCGCUGGAGUGUGAAGUCGCCAACGCCAACGCCGAGGGCAGGUGGCUGAAGGACGGCCAGCCCGUGGACUUCAACGAGAACGUGAUGAGCGAGGUGAAGGGCGCCGUCAGACGUCUUGUCAUCGCCAUCACCAGACCGCAGGACGUCGGGGAGUACACCUACCAGGUGGCCAACUCCAAGACCACCGGCAACCUCCGCGUGGAGGCGGUGAAGAUCAAGAAGACUCUGAAGAACCAGACAGUGACGGAGACCCAGGAGGCGGUGUUCACGCUGGAGCUCACCCACCUGGACGUGAAAGGAUCGCAGUGGAUCAAGAACGGCGUGGAGCUGCAGAACAGCGACAAGUACGAGAUCACGUCCGCUGGCAUGGUCCACACGCUCAAGGUCAAGAACUGCAACACGCAAGACGAGUCCGUUUACUCCUUCAAACUGGGGAAACUGUCGGCCAACGCCAGGCUCAACGUGGAGACGAUCAAAAUCGUGAAGAAGAUAAAGGACGUGACCUCGCUGUUGGACAGCCCCGCCUCCUUCGAGCUGAGCCUAUCACACGACGGCAUCCCCGUCAGGUGGAUGUUUAAAGGCGCAGAGCUCAAGGCGAGCGACAAGUGCAAGAUUCUGUCAGAGCGCAAAGCUCACAAACUGAUCCUGCAGAACGUGGACAGCAGCGAUGCCGGAGAGUACAGCGCCGUGGUCGGACACCUGCAGUGCAGCGCCACGCUCACCGUGGAGGCGCUGCGAGUCACCAAACCUCUGAAGAGCGUGAGCGUCCCGGAGACGCAGGUGGCCACGUUCGAGUGCGAGGUGUCCCACUUCAACGUGCCGGCCACCUGGCUGAAGGGCGGCGUGGAGAUCGAGAUGAGCGAGAAGUUCAGGAUCGUGGUUCAGGGGAAACUCCACCAGCUGAAGAUCAUGAACACCAGCAGGGACGACUCGGCCGAGUACACCUUCGUCUGCGGGAACGACCGCGUGUCUGCCACGCUCACCGUUAACCCGGUCCUGAUCACGUCCAUGCUGAAGGACCUGAACGCUCAGGAGCGAGACACCAUCACCUUCGAGGUCACGGUGAACUACGAGGGCGUCAGCUACAAGUGGCUGAAGAACGGCGUGGAGGUCAAGUCUUCCGACAGGUGUCAGGUCCGCAGCCGUCAGCUCACGCACUCGCUCACCAUCCGGAACGUCCACUUCGGGGAUGGAGGAGAGUACCAGUUCGUGGCCGGCUCCGCUGCCUCUGCCGCCAACCUGUUCGUGGAAGCUCGUGUGAUUGAAUUCACCAAGAAGAUUAAGGACAUAAAGAUCACGGAGAAGAAGAAGGCCGUGUUUGAAUGUGAGAUUUCGGAGCCGAACGUCCAGGUGAUGUGGAUGAAGGACGGCCAGGAGCUGGACGUGUCCCAGGACAGGUUCAUGGUGACAGCGGAGAAGUUCGUCCACCGUCUGAUGAUCCAGACGGUUCGCAUGUCCGAUGCCGGAGAGUACUCGGUGGUGGCCGGGGCCAGCGUGUCCAAGGCCCAGCUGACCGUGGAGGGACGGGACAUCCGCAUCUCAGAACCGGCCCAGCGGGAAAUCACAGUUCUGGAGAAGCAGAGAGCGACCUUUGAGUUCGAGGUGAACGAGGACGACGUGGAUGCUCGCUGGCUGAGGAACGGCGUGGAGAUCCAGAUCUCGGCGGAGGAGAGGUUCUCCUACGUCUGCAUCCGCAAGCUGCACCGCCUCACCGUGACGGAAACGUACCGCAGCGACGCCGGAGAGUACACCUUCAUCGCCGGCAAGAACAGGAGCACCGUGCACCUCCGAGUCAACAUCCCGGAGCCGCCUCAGAUCCUUCGCCACAUGGAGCCGCAGUCCGUGGAGGCGGGGAAGCCCGCCCGCUUCUCCGUGCAGGUGAGCGGCGUCCCGCAGCCGCAGGUGUCCUGGUACAAGAACUCCCAGGCUCUGUCCCCCGGCUUUAAGUGCAAGUUCCUCCAGGACGGCGCCGAGCACACGCUGCUGCUCAUCGAGGUCUUCCCUGAGGACGCCGCCGUCUACAACUGCCAGGCCAAGAACGACUACGGGGCCGCCACCAGCACGGCCGCGCUCAACGUGGAAGUGUCGGAGGUGGUUUCUCCCGACUCGUCUGCGACCGUCGCCCCCCCGGUCGUCAUCUCGCCCAUCGCCAGCGUCUCGGCCCGCGAGGGAGAACCGGCUCGCUUCCAGUGCCGCGUCCGCGGAGACGAUGUGAAGAUCAGCUGGUUCCACAAGGAGAAGGAGAUCAAGCAGUCGGACUUCUUCCGGAUGUCUCAGUUUGACGACAGCUGCCAGCUGGAGAUCUCCAGGGUGUAUCCAGAGGACGAGGGCGAGUACAGCUGCGUGGCCACCAACAACGCCGGCAGGGUGUCCUGCUCCGCCACGCUCGCUCUGGACGUGACUCACGUGAGAGAGCAGAUCGAAGCCAAGAUCGAGCAAGAAGUCAAAGAGCGUUGUAGCACCACCAUCACCACUGUGGAAGAACAAGAGGAAACCUACUACACUGGUGUCCAGUUACCACAGAAAACAAAAACACUUGAACUCAAGCCAGAGCCCAAACGUUACUCUUCCUCUUUAGAGAAGAAAAAAGAAAAGCCAGUUUUCCUCAGCCAGCUUGCCCCAGCAGCUGUAACCAGUGGGGAAACAGCCAGGUUUACCGUCAAAGUGUCCGGCCUUCCAAAGCCGACAGUUCAGUGGUCUCACAACGGAAAAGUGAUUAAGAGCUCCUCCAUAUACAAGCUGAUAGAGACAAAGGAGGAGUACACGUUAGUUAUCACUCAGGUCACAUCUGAGUAUGAGGGCGAGUACUCUUGCACCGCCACCAACAGAUUUGGCCAGACAACAUGCACCACAUACCUCGAAGUGAAAAAGCAGGAUGUUAGCCAGGCAGAGAAAUGGGUUGAGAAGAUGUUUAAGGUCACAGGUCAACACCCAACUUUUACAGUUCAGAUCCAACCGGUGAGGUGCUCAGAAGGAGGAGAGGUUUCUUUUAAUUACAAAGCCAGUGGUGAUCCAAUCCCUGAUGUAAAGUGGUUCAAGGGGGCUUUCCAGAUCCAGCCCAGUAGAAACUGUAUCGUUAUAGCCAACCCAGAUGGAUCUGGCGUCAUUAAUAUAAAGAGUGUCAAACAGGAAGACAGUGGGCUCUAUACUUGUAAGGCCUCCAACCAGUUUGGAGAGGCGUCUUGUAGUGCUGAGCUUGUUGUGUUUAGAGAAUCGGCCUCUGUUUCUCGCAAACAGGAGCAUGUGACCAUGGUUCAGAAGAAAGGCUAUAAGGUUACGACAACAGAACAAGCAACAGAGUCUCGCUUGUACCAGGUCAGCCUCCCAGGUCAGGACAGAUCAGAUCAGAUGGUUUACACCAUUGGCACUGAAGACCGGCAGAUAAUUCCCAGUGAGCAAGUGGGCUCCCUUAGAGAACUAGACAUCUCUGCUGCCACUAUCCAUCGUGAGCAGCUGACCCACCAGGCAGCAGUGCUUCAGUCUCACGAGAUGGAGGAGAGGGUGUCUGUGGUUCCUACCCACCCGCCUCAGGUUUCAGCUGUUCCUGUGAAACAGCUUCACGUGGCCGCGUUCACGUCGUCUGUUGAAGAGAGUCAGGACCUCACUGAGCAGCACUGCGAUCGCAUUCAAAGCCCUGAGGUCAUUGAGCUUCAGGCAGCCAGAGAAAAGAGGUCAAUGGUGAUGUCAGCUAUUGCCGAGGAGCUCACCACACUUUCUACGGUUAGCACAGAGCCUCUGUCCGACAGGAAGUCUGCUAAAGUCACACCCACUUCAGAACCUAAAUAUCUAGUCAGUGGGCAUCAAGUUGAGUCACAGUUGCCCUUCCUAAAAGAGCAGUCUCAGGAUAUCCCCAAACCUCAGGAAGAGAAGGGUUAUAAAGUUAAGGAAGGUGUCAAGAUUUUAUACUCAGUCCAGUCUGCAGAGAAACGGGUGCUUGCAGAGGGCCACACAACUGAACUAGCAACAGCAGAUUCUGCUGUAAAGUCUUCAGUUGGGAAAGAACAGCACCGACCUGUCUUGGCUUCAGUCAGCGAGACCAAACAGGCUCUUUCCAAGGAGACUAAGUUCUCCUUGCAGAGGCCCAUUGAGGAGACAGCCCAUCUCUGUAAGGAUAAAAUGAUGAAGAUGGCUCUGACUGCAGAAGAGAAGCAAAUGUUGCAGGCUGAGCCCACUCAGCAGCUGCCAAGUCUGGACAGUGCAAUGUCCAUUCAGUCCCAGGUAGAAGGAGAGCAGUUGUUGCACCUUCAAGUUAUCACAGAUCAGGACCUCCUUCCAUCUGAGAAAGGCUUCACCUGUGAGAAACCAGAACCAGAGCAGGCAGGAGUCAGGAAAAGUCCCACUGUGCUUUACAGCGUUAGCCAGGAUGAGCAGAGGACAGUAGUUUGUGAGGACACAUCAGAGUUUGAGGCCAAGGCUAGCACCAUGACUAUCCAGCCCCAGAAAGAAGCCCCUACACUUCUGCAUCUUCAGUCAACCCAACCUGUGGAGGCGCUACCCAAAGAGGGUAUUCUCCUAAUUGAGAAGCCUGACCAGCAGGUUGCAGCGCAGAAACAAGAAAAGACGAGAAGUCAUGCAGCUACCUCGGAAGAGAGACGGGAGCUCACAGCAGAUUAUCACACAGAGCUGGAUUUGUCUGUCACUGGCAGUCAGUCUCAGCUUCGAACUGAGCCCAGGCCUCAAAACAUCCUCCAGCUCUCUUUCCAGCCCAUGCAGCUGCCAAAGGAGAUGCCAGUUACCACUGACAUCAAGCAGCAGCGAGCUCUGGUGCAGAAGGAGGAUCGCUUAAAUGUGAUGCAUGUCACCAGUGUGGCAGACAGUCUGGCUUUAGAGGAGGGUCACACUGAGAGUCUUACAGCUGUGGAUAAAUUCACCUGCCAGAUGGCUGUAGAGCCAAAACUUCCCACCGAGCCAAUCCAGAUUGAGGAGAAGGAGAUCUCCACGGAGAGUAGUGUCCUUCUAGAGGCAGCAGAACAGGAUUUUGCUGUUCAGAUCCAAGAGGGCCAGUCAGUCAGACAGUCAAUAGUGAUGGACGAGAAGCGAGUGCUGACGGGUGAGCUCUCUCAGAUGAUUACCAAAUCGGAGUCCACUAAAGUCGCCAUCACCAAACAGCCGAAACUGUCCCUUUUGGCAUCAGAAUCAAAAGACACCACACCUCUUCCCAAAGAGAUGACGUUUGUGAUUCAGAUCCCUAAACCAUUCAGUCUAAAUAUACGUAAUCAGCUCAGAGAUGCCCUUCAGUCUGCUGUGGCCAGUGACCAGCCAGUGUUGCUGGCUGAUGUCGUAGGAAAGUUACAAGCUGUAGAAGUACAGGAAGUCAAGGUUCAAAGAGAGCCUAAGAGGGCCAUGUUUACAUACCUGAUCACGACGACAGGUGCUCCCAUGGAGAUCACUCUGGCUUUUGAGGGUAAAUACCCUCAGACAGCUGACCUCAGGACUGAACUCCAGGCAGCUUUCCACUCCAUAGUGUACCAGGAAGCCAAUGUUCUUACCUCAGAACAGCCGGGCACUAUGCAGUUAGACAAACCUCAACGGGCGCAGGUCACCUCGACCCACUCUAAGCAAAUGCUGUCAUCCAUGGUAGAGACUGUGAGCGUGGCAGAGAGUGCGGUGGAUUUCACUGCGGUAAAAUCUCAAGCUGCUGCACUCAAGACAGAGUCGAAAAUGGCAGUUGAAUGUGCUGCAGCUGAACAACAGAUUGUGGUGCAGGAAUCUAAAGCAGCAAAGAUGGAACAGUCCAUCUCAGCCCAGGUACAAAUUUCUACAGAGUCUCACAUGGCUUUUGAGCAGUCGGUGCAGGUUUCAAAGCAGGAGGUUAGGUCAGUUACGGUGAAAGGCAGAGAGAGGGAUGUAGGAGCAGCUAUGGUUACCACUACCUUGCCUCCCACAACUGUCCCCACCGAACAGGUGGAUAUUAGCUUCCAGAAGGAGCACAGGGAGGAGUUCUUUAAAGAGGAGAUCACAGUUUCCAGGCCAGAGCAGAGAGAAUACCCUGUAAUAGUCACCUCCCUUGAAGACGUAUCCAUCGAUGAGGAUAGUAAAAUAACCUUUAGCACCAUCAUUAAGUAUGUCACAAAGGUAAACUGGUUUUUCAACGGGCAAUUGGUGAAAUCUGGCAAAGAGUUCAAGUGUUCCAAAGACCACGACACAUACACAUUGGUUAUCAACAAAGUUGUCAAGGAGAGGCAUCAAGGAGAAUAUGUUUGUGAGGCUGAGAAUGAAGCUGGCAGGACUACAACAUCUUCAAGACUCACUGUGGUCUCAAGAGUGCCACCUGUCUUUAGGCAGAAAAUCACACCUCUGGAGAUAAACAUCGGCGGCCAAGCCAAGUUCGAAUGUGAAAUUGAGGAAGCUCCGAGUGUCACCUUCAAAUGGUACAAGUCUGGCAUUGAGAUCAAACAGAGCGAGAAGUAUAGGAUCCUCAGCCGGGUCACCAGUUCCUCCCUGGAGCUCAUGAACCCAAUCAAAGCCGACAGCAGUGAAUACACCUGCAAGGCUUCAAACAAGCAUGGCACUGACAGCUGCACUGCCUCGCUCAUCGUCACCGAACCACCUGAGUUUCUGCUGAAACUCCCUGCCACUAAGUUUGUGAAGCAGGGUGAGUCACUCCGCCUGGAGUGCAAAGUGAGUGGCACAGUCCCUCUGAAAAUGACCUGGUACAAACACGACACCAAGGUCACAGAUGGGGGCAACUACAGGACAUCAUUUGUUGAUUCAGUAGCAGUCCUGGAACUGGUCCGCACCAGUUUUGAUGAUGAUGGCGUUUACACCUGUGAAGCUCAGAAUGAUGCUGGCAGUGUCAGCUGCAGCACCACACUUACCGUUAAAGACCCACCAUCUUUUGUCAAAGUACCUCAGCCCGUUGAAGGGCUGAAGGGUAAGGACGUGAGUCUGUACUGCGAGAUGAGCGGUACAGCUCCGUUCCAGAUCACCUGGUUCAAAGACAGGAAACCUCUGAUGGAGAGCAGGAAGUUUAAGAUGGUGAGCGAGGGCAGCUCGGCUACGCUGCAUAUCAUUGGGAUAGAGCCCUCGGAUGCCGGCGAAUACGAGUGUAAAGUGUCAAACAGUGUAGGAAGUGACACCUGCCAGACAUCAGUUAAACUCAGAGAGCCGCCGUCGUUUGUGAAGAAACUGUCAAACAUGACAGUGAUACUGGGAGAGGAGGUGACCCUUGUAGCCACUGUUAAAGGCUCUGAACCCAUUACUGUGUCCUGGGUUCAAGACAAGGAUCACAUUCUCAGGGACGGUGACAACAGGAAAAUCACCUUUGAGAACAACAUGGUCGCUCUUAAAGUCUUUAAGGCUGAUGCAACCACGGCAGGCAAAUACACCUGCCAACUCAGAAACGAUGCUGGGAGUGUGGAGUGUUUCGCUAACUUGACUGUUCUAGAACCCGCUAAGAUAGUGGACAAGCCCGAUGCUCUGAGCGUGACAGCCGGCGAUAUGGCAGCCCUGGAAGUCAAAGUGUGUGGAACCCCAGCGCUCAUACCGAAGUGGUUCAAGGAUGGCGUCGAGCUGGCCUCCGGGAGGAAAUACAAAAUAUCAUUUUCUCAGAUGAUUUCCAGCCUGAAUGUUCUCUCUGCGGAGAAAUUGGACUCUGGAGAAUAUACGUUUGAGGUUAUGAACGAGGUCGGGAAGGACCUGAGUAAAAUUAAUCUCACUGUUUUAGAUAAAACCGUACCUCCAACUUUCUCAAGGAAGUUGAAGGAUUGCAACACAAUCUUUGGAACAGCUGGAGAGAUGGAAUGCAAAGUGUCGGGCUCCCCACCUUUCACCAUCUCCUGGUACCAUGAUGGGGAGGAGAUACAGAGCGGACCCAAUUAUGAGAUUUCAUUCAGCAACAACAGCUGCACGCUCAAAGUGUCCACGAUGAAGCUGUCCGACUCCGGAGUGUAUAAAUGUAAAGCUGUCAACAAGGCAGGAUCCAGUGAAACUACAGCCUCCUUGGUUGUCAAAGAACCUCCGUCGUUCGUGGUGCCGCUGCAGCCGGUGGACGCCAUGCCCGGCUCCAACGUGACUUUCUCCGCCAUGGUGAAAGGCAGCGCCCCCCUCAAGCUGAAGUGGUUCAGAGGAACCAAGGAGAUCAUGGCGGGACGGGGCUGUAACUUCUCCCUGAAGGAUAACCAAGUCCUCCUGGAGCUGUUCAGUGUGGACAGAUCUCACGCCGGAGAGUACACCUGUCAGAUCAUCAACGACGCAGGGAAGGAAAGCUGCCCCGUUAAUCUCACCGUCAAAGAGCCGGCGGCCUUCUCCAAGAAGCUGAAGGACGUGUCGGUGGAGAAGGGCAAACCGUUAACGCUGGAGUGCCUGUACACCGGGACUCCUAAAAUCACAGUCAGCUGGUACAAAGACGGCCAGCAGAUCUUUGCUUCCUACAAACACAACAUCACCACGACGGAGAGCUCCUGCAUCCUCGAGUGUCUGAGCACCGACGACAAAGACGCCGCCGGGAAAUACUCCUGCCAAGUUUCCAACGAUGCCGGAAAGGACUCGUGUGACGCAACCGUGUCCAUCCUCGAACCGCCGUACUUCGUGGAGUCCCUGGAGCCCAUGGAGGUGACGUCCGGAGACGGCGUGUGUCUGAAGUGUCAGGUGGCGGGCACGCCGGAGAUCAAGGUGGCGUGGUUCAAGGCGGACGGGAAGAUCCGGUCCAGCCCCACCUGCAGGCUGGAGUACACAAAGGGCGUGGCUUGUCUGAAGCUCAGCAAAGCCACCAAGGCCGACAUCGGAGAGUACACCUGCAGGGCCGAGAACCAGAUAGGCUCCGCCUCCUCCACCUGCAGACUCAACGUGGCAGAGGCCAAAACGCCGCCGUCCUUCCCGAAGAAGAUCACCAGCCUGCAGCAGACCGAGGGCCAGCCGGUGCGCUUCGAGUGCCGCGUGGCCGGCUCCUCGCCCGUCGACGUGUCAUGGCUGAAAGACGGCAAGCCGCUGCGGUCGGGAGACGACUUCUCCAUGCUGUACGACGACAACACGGCCGUGCUGCAGAUCGCCCGCGGAGAAAUGAGGCAUUCUGGGGAAUACACCUGCGUGGCCACCAACAGCGUGGGCUCGGCCUCCUGUAGAGCCAAACUCACCCUGCAAGAACCAAGAUACCCACCAGCCUUUGACAGGAAGUUGUCGCCACAGGAAGUGACGGUGGGCGACAGCAUUGAGCUCGAGUGUCACAUGACCGGCUCUGCCCCCAUUAAAGUCACGUGGUCCAAAGACCACAAGGACAUUCGCACUGGGGGGAAUUAUAAGAUGAGCUGCGUGGACAACACGCCCCACCUGUCCAUUCUGAAGGCAGAUAAAGCCGACACGGGGAGAUACUUCUGCCAUGCCUCUAACGACAUGGGGAAGGAUUCUUGUUCCUCUGACAUCACGGUCAAAGAGCGUAAAAACCCUCCUGUGUUCACCAAAAAGCCCUCGGAGCACAUGGAGGACACGGAGGGCAAACUGGUGAAGAUGGAGAGCCGAGUCAGCGGCUCGCAGCCCAUCGCUGUGAGCUGGUUCAAAGAUGACGCGGAGAUCAGCAGCUCCGACCGAUACGACGUCAGCUUCAAGAGCAAUGUGGCCGUGCUGUGCAUCAAGAGCAGCCGGGUGGAGGACAGCGGCCGGUACUCGUGCCGCGCCGCCAACGAAGCCGGGGAGGCUUCCUGUGAAGUCAUGGUGGGAAUCUCAGAGUCCAAGAAGCCUCCGGUGUUCGACGUCCCUCUGAAGCCGCUGACGGUUGCAGAGGGCGACAAGCUGAGUCUGCGGUGUCACGUGUGCGGCUCCCCGCCUCUGAAGAUCCAGUGGAUGAAGGACCGGAAGGAUCUGACGGCGGCCGGCAGCACCAGGAUCAGCUUCUCUGACGGGACGGCCUGUCUGGAGAUCAGCGCAGCUUCACGCCACGACGCUGGGGAUUACCUCUGCAAGGCCACCAAUGAUGCCGGCAGCGAGUUCUGCAAGGCCAAAGUCACCGUCCAAGAGAAACCCGGAGCCGCUCCGGCUCCAGCUGAAACUCCAGCGGCCGCUCCGGCCAAGAAACUGGAAAACCUGUUCUUCGUCGAGGAACCCAGAACUACACACGUCACCGAGAAGGGAACUGCCACCUUCAUCGCCAAAGUGGGCGGCGACCCGAUCCCCAGCGUGAAGUGGAUGAAGGGGAAGUGGCGGCAGAUCACGCACGGCGGCCGCAUCUCCAUCGAGCAGAAGGGCCGCGAGUCCAAGCUGGAGAUCCGAGAGGUGACCAAGUCGGACUCGGGGCAGUACCGCUGCGUCGCCGCCAACAAGCACGGCGAGAUCGAGAGCAGCGCCGACAUGCACGUGGACGAGAAGAAAGAGGCGGUGCAGCUGGAGGGAGACCUCCGCGCCAAGCUCAAGAAGACGCCGUCGAAGCAGAAGAGUCCUCAGGAGGAGAAGGACAUCGACAUCGUGGAGCUGCUGAGGAACGUUGACCCCAAAGAGUACGAGAAGUACGCCCGGAUGUACGGCAUCACCGACUACCGCGGCCUGCUGCAGGCCAUCGAGCAGCUCAAGAAGGAGAAGGCUGAAGAAAGUGGACGACCGGAAGUGGAACGUGGAGACAGAGAGUCUGACGAGGACAUGGCCCGACUGGUGGCCGACCUGCAGAAGAGGAUGGAGCGCACCGAGCCUGUCACCGUGGUGAAGGACAUUUCGGAUCAGUCUGUCUUCGCCAACAAGGAGGCGGUGUUUGAGUGCGAGGUGAAGAUCAACUACCCCGAGAUCACGCUGUCCUGGUACAAGGGCACGCAGAAACUGGACACCAAUGACAAGUACGAGCUCAGCAUCAUUGGAGACCGCCACCUGCUCCGCAUCCGCAGGUGCACGCUGGCGGAUCAGGGGAACUACCGCGUGGUCUGCGGGCCGCACAUCUCCAGCGCCAAGCUCGUCGUCACCGAGGCGGAGGUGGAGAAGCAUCUGCAGGACACGUCCGAAAUUGAACUAGCAAUGGUGCCCUUAGAUGUCCCAGACUCCUCAAUUCAGAGGCCUGAUGUGCCUUCGUCGGUCGCUAUUCAAGAAUCCGCAGAAUUCUUUCAGUAUGAAGAAGAACAUAGAGAAUCGGCUGAAUAUUCGUAUCACUAUGAAGAAGAGGUGAAGGUGGAGCAGAGAGAGAAGUUUGAGAGCUGGACAGAAGAGACGGUAACACAACAGGUGUCCACAGCCAAAGCUGCCAGAGUUGCCGUUGAGGAGAAAGUAGAGACCAAGAAAGUUGAACUGAGAGAGGAACUCCCAACAAAAGUUCCCAAAGCUGAGAAAAAACCCGAAGAAAAGCCAACCGCAGCCGCGAAGGAGCCGUCGCCACCAAAAGUACCAGAAGCCAGAAAGGCAGUGGAAGAAAAGAUUCCUGCAGUUUCAGUCCCAGAGAAGAAGAAAGUUCCCGCGGCCAAAGAACCAGAGGAGGUAAAGAAGCCCGCGGCUGCUCCCUCACUGCCUGCAGAGAAGCCUGGAGUGCCAAAGAAAGAUGAGCCCAAGCCUCAGGUGCCAGCUGAGCCCAAAAAAGUGGCGCCUGCAGCUAAGCCUGAGCCUGAAGCCAAACCCAAACCCAAAGCAGAACCUGAAUCAAAGCCUAAGCCAACACCGGCUCCCAAAGCAGAACCUGAAGCCAAACCGGCAGCGAAGGUCGAGCCUGAACCUGAAGUUAAGCCCACAGCGCUAAAGAAGCCGGCAACACCGCCAUCCAAAGAUGAAACCAAGGGUCCCGUACAAGCACCGGGAGGAGCCAAGAAAGAGGGACAACCAUCAGAAGAAGCAGGAAGAGGUAGAGGUAGAGGGCUGAAACCCAAGCAGACCCCGUCCCCUGGAGAAGGCCGGGGCCGCGGCCUGAAGCCCGGUGGAAGAGGCCCCACACCACCAGAGGAACCUUUUGGAGGAUUCAAACUCAAAGCCGUGCCUCUGAAGUUCAUUAAGAAGAUUCAGGACAUUGUGUUGCAGGAAGCCGAGUCUAUCGGCUCGUCUGCUGUGUUUGAGUGUGAGGUCUCGCCUUCCACCGCCAUCACAUCAUGGAUGAAAGGCGACAGUAACCUGCGCGAGAGCCCCAAGCACAAGUUCACUUCUGACGGCAAAGAUCGCAAGUUGAACAUUAUUGAUGUCCAGUUGUCCGACACCGGUGAAUACACCUGUAUCGCCAAGAAUGCCGGCAAGGAAAUAUCAUGCACAGCUAAGCUCAUUGUUGAAGAGCUCCCUGUGAAAUGGAUCAAAGAGCUAGAGCCAGAGACUACAGCUAUGAAGGGUCAGCCUCUGUAUAUGACCUGUGAGUUGAACAAAGAGAGAGAUGUGAUAUGGAAGAGGAAUGGCGAAGUCCUGAAGAAAAAGGCUGGCAAGGUUCAGAUCAAUAUCAUUGGUAUGCAGCACGCUGUGACCAUCCAGAACACCACUGAGGAGGACACUGGCGUCUACACGUGCGAAGUGGCCAAUCAGGAGGAUGUAAAGACUACGACAAGCGUCAAAAUCAUUGAAAUAAUCAAAGACUGGAUUGUGAAACCACUGAGAGACCAGCAUGUGAAACCGAAGGCAGCCGCUACAUUUAAAUGCGAGCUCUUCAAGGAUACUCCCAACUGGAAGUGGCUCAAAGGAGAGACUGAGGUCACUCCUUCUGACAAGGUUGAGAUGAAGAAGGACGGAAAGGAGCUGACGCUCACCAUCAAGAACUGUCAGCCUGAUGACGUAGCAGAAUACGCCAUGGAGGUGGAAGGACGUGUCUACACAGCCAAGCUAACGCUAGGAGAGCGGGAGGCCGAGAUCUUGAAGCCCCUGGCCAGCGUUGAAGUGGUUGAGAAGGAAGAAGCCAAGUUUGAGACAGAGAUCUCUGAGGAGGAUGUUCCUGGUGAAUGGAAGCUCAAAGGAGAGGUUUUGACCAGAUCCCCGAUGUGCGACAUCCAAAUGGAGCGUGGAGUGCGUAAACUCACUCUGAAAAACUGCCAGAUGGAUCAGGCCGGAGAAGUGUCCUACCAGGCUCUGAACGCCAUAACCAGCGCAAUGCUCAAUGUCAGAGAAAUCGAAAUGGACUUUGUUGUCCCGCUGAAGGACGUUUCUGUGCCUGAAAAGAAACAGGCUAAGUUUGAAUGCACCAUCACGAAGGAUGUCUCUAAGGUCAUGUGGCAUAGAGGCGAUGACGUCAUCACCCCAGACCAAAAGUAUGACAUCAUCGAUGAUGGAAAGAAGCAUAUGCUUAUUAUAAACUGUUGUGAGUUUGAUGACGAAGACGAAUAUACAAUUGCGGUUCUGGGAAAAACUUCAACAGCUAGACUCACAGUGGAGGGUAUCAGGCUCAAAUUUAUCUCGCCGAUAAAGGACCAAACUGUGAAGGAAGGCACAACGGCUCGUUUCGAGCUGGAGCUCUCUCACGAGAACAUCCCUGUCACUUGGUACAAGAACGACGUUAAAAUUCAUCCAAGCAGAACCAUGGUCACUCAUGUGGACGGAAAGAAGCAUGUGCUAGAAAUGAAGGAAGUGACUCUCGACGAUACUUGUCAAAUUAAGGCUGAGGCCAAAGGAAUUCCUUCCAUGGCCAACCUGACGGUCAUAGAGGGAGAUGCGUACUUCACAGUUAAGCUGCAGGACUAUACUGCAGUGGAGAAAGACGAGGUGGUUCUUGAUUGCGAGCUCAGCAAAGACGUCGAUGUUAUGUGGUACCACGAUGAGGCCGAGAUCAAGACCUCAAAGAUGGUGGCCAUCAAGGCCGAGGGCAAACGCAGAACCCUCGUCAUCAAGAAAGUUGGGGACAAAGACAAAGGACAAUACGUAUGUGAUUGUGGAACAGACAAGACCACAGCGACACUUCACAUUGAAGCGCGCCACAUCAAGGUGGUUCGGCCGACGUACGGCGUCGAGGUGUUUGACGGAGAGACCGCUCGAUUUGAAGUUGAGCUGAGCGAGGAUGAUGUCCAUGGUCAAUGGAGACUGAACGGAGAAGUCCUCAGUCCAUCCGCCGAUGUUGAGAUCGUGGAGGACGGCGCCAAACACACUCUGGUCUUGUACAACUGCAAAGUGCCUCUAACAGGCGAGGUGGCGUUUACCGCCGCAAACGCCAAGUGCUCUGCUAACCUGAAAGUGAAGGAGCACCCCGUCUCGUUCAUUACACCGCUGGCUGACGUGCAUGUGUACGAAAAGGACGAAGCAAAGUUUGAGGUGGACAUUUCUAGAGAGCCCAAAAGCUUCCGUUGGUUGAAGGGAUCUCAGGAGUUGUCAAACGACGAUAAGUUUGAACUCCUGGCAGAGGGAAAGAGACACACUCUUGUUGUAAAAUCUGCCAGAUAUGAAGACGAAGCCAAAUACAUGUUUGAGGCUGAAGAUAAACGAACAUCUGGGAAGUUGAUUAUCAAAGGUAUUCGCCUUGAAUUUAUCAAGCCGAUUAAAGACGUGACAGUGAAGGAACGUGAAACCGCAGAGUUCAGCGUGGAACUCUCUCACGAAAAGAUCCCGGUGGUGUGGUACAGAAACGGCGUGCGCCUGCACCCCAGCAAGGUGGUGCACAUGUCAGAGGACGGGAAAGUGCACACGCUGGCCUUCAAGGAGGUCACCAUCGAUGACACGUCCAUGAUCAAAGUCGAGGCCAUGGGCAAGACCGCUGAGGCCAUGCUCACCGUGCUCGAGGGCGACCUGUACUUCACAGUGAAGCUGCAGAACUACACCGCUGUCGAGAAAGACGAGGUGAUUUUGUCGUGCGAGCUGAGCAAGGCGGCCGCCGACGUCCGCUGGUUCAAAGACGGUAACGAAAUCUUUGCCUCCAAGAAUGUUCUCUUCCAGUCGGACGGCAGGAAGCGCACGCUGCUGAUCAAGAAGGCGGCAAAGAGCAACAUGGGAGCGUACACCUGCGACUGUGGCACCGACAAAACCACAGCCGACCUGAACAUCGAAGAGCGCGACAUCAAGGUAGUGCGCCCGCUGUACAGCAUAGAGGUCACUGAGACGGAGACGGCCAAGUUUGAGACGGAGAUUUCAGAGGAGGACCUUCAUGCCACCUGGAAACUGAAGGGAGAGAUGAUCCACCCGUCUCCUGAUGUGGAGAUCAAGGAAGAGGGAAGUCGACACAUUUUGAUCCUCUUCAACUGCAAAAUGGGCAUGGCCGGAAGUGUGGACUUCUCGGCAGCGAACGCCAAAUCCUCCGCUCAGCUCAGGGUCAAAGCCCGGGUGAUCAGCCUGGCGAGGCCUUUGCAGGACGCCACGGUGACCGCCGGGGAGACUGCCACCUUUGAGUGCGAGCUGUCGUAUGAAGGCAUCGCUGUCGAGUGGUUCCUGGGGGGUACCAAGCUGGAACCAAGCGACAGAGUGGUGUUGAAGUCGGAGGCUAAAGUCCACAGCCUGACUCUGAGGGACGUCAAGCUGAACGAAGCCGGACAAAUUAAACUGGUCGCCAAAGACUUCCAGACCGAGGCCAACCUCAUCGUCAAAGAACCAGCGGUGGAUUUCACGAAGCCUCUGGAGGACCAGACGGUAGAGGAGGAAGCGACCGCCACACUCGAGUGCGAAGUUUCCAGAGAGAACGCAGAGGUGCGAUGGUUCAGGGACGGACAGGACAUCAGGAAGACCAAAAAGUACGAGAUGAUCAUCGACGGCCGCAAGAGAGCGCUGAUCAUCCACAACUGCACUCUGGACGACUCCAAGACGUACGCUUGUGACGCCAAAGGCUUCAAAACCUCCUGCUUCCUCAACGUUGAACCUCCACAUGUCGAGUUCACGAAGCCGCUCCAUGAUGUCGAGGUCAAAGAGAAGGAAUCCGCCAGGUUUGAAUGCCAAGUUUCCAGAGAGGACGUCAAAGUCCGCUGGUUUAAAGAUGGAAGUGAAAUCAGAAAGGGGAAGAAGUAUGAAAUUAUCGCUCAGGGUCGCCAACACAUCCUCAUCGUCCACAAGUCUGUGUUCGACGACGAGGCGGAAUACGAAUGUGACGCCAAGACCUCCAAAUCCUCCGGCAUGCUCACUGUCGUCGAGGAGGAGGCGAGGUUCAGCAAGAACCUGUCCAACGUGGAGGGAACGGAGACGGACAGCGUGAAGCUGAUCUGCGAGAUCUCCAAACCCAGCGCCGACGUGACCUGGUACCGCGGCGACGAGGAGCUGCCCGAGGGCGGCCGCUACGAGCAGAUCGUGGACGGGAAGAGGAGGAUCCUCCUCAUCCAGGACCUGAAGAUGGCCGACGCCGGAGAGUACAACUGCAGGCUGAGUCCCAGCAUCAAAACCUCCGGGAACCUCAAGAUUAACGAGCUGGCUGCAGAGUUCAUCUCGCGGCCCCAGAGCCAGGAGGCGGUGGAGGGCGAGAAGGCGGAGUUCACUUGCUCCGUCUCCAAGGAAACCUACGAUGUGAAAUGGAUGAGAGGCGACGUGGAGCUGCAGGCGGGAGACAAGUACCAGAUGGUCAGCGACGGGAAGAGGCGAACGCUGGUCAUCAGGACCUGCGAGCUCCGAGACGAGGGAGCGUACACGGUGAUGAUCGGAGCCACCAGAGCCAGCGCCGACCUCACCGUGCUCGAGAAACUGAAGGUGAUCACGCCGCUGAAGGACACGGAGGCCAAAGAAGGACAGGAAGUGGUCCUGAACUGCGAGGUGAACACAGAGGGAGCCAAGGCCAAGUGGCUGAAGAACGAGGAGACCAUAUUCGAGAGCAGCAAGUAUGUGAUGGUCCAGAGAGACAACGUGUUCUCUCUGAGGAUCAAAGACGCCCAGAAGGGAGACGAGUCCAACUACAGCAUCAACCUGACCAAUCAGAGAGGAGAGCAGGCCAAGAGCUCCUGCAAACUCGCCGUCAAAGAGGAGAGUUUGAGGAUCGUGGUUCCUCUGGAAGACAUCGACACCCAGGAGAAGAAGACGGUCAGCUUCUCCUGUAAGGUCAACCGGCCCAACGCCACGCUGAAGUGGACGAAGGCCGGCCAGGAGAUCGUCUUCAGCAAACGCAUCGUCUACCGAGUGGACAAAGACAAGCACACGCUGACCAUCAAGGACUGCACGCUGGCGGACGAGGGCGAGUACACAGCCAUGGCCGGGGACAACAAGUCAGCGGCCGAGCUGAUCAUCAGCGAGGCGCCCACUGACUUCAGCGCGCACCUCAAGGACCAGACCAUCACCGAGUUUGAGGACGCCGUGUUCACGUGCAAGCUCACCAAAGAGAAAGCAGACGCCAAGUGGUACAGAAACGGACGCGAGAUCAGAGAAGGACCGAGAUACAAAUUUGAGAAACAGGGAAAGAUGUGCACCUUGCGUAUCAAGGAGUGCAGACCGGAUGAUGAGUGUGAAUACGCCUGCGGUGUGGAGGACAAGAGAUCCAGAGCCAGGCUCUUCGUGGAAGAGACACCGGUGGAGAUCGUCAGACCGCCACAGGACGUGUUCGAACCUCCAGGCUCGGACGUGGUGUUCGAGGUGGAGCUCAACAAGGACAGAGUGGAAGUGAAGUGGUUGAGGAACAACAUGACAGUCGUGCAGGGAGACAAAUACCAGAUGAUGAGCGAGGGUAAAAUCCACAGACUGCAGGUCUGUGAGAUCCGCCCGCGAGAUCAGGGAGAGUACAGACUCAUGGUCAAAGACAAAGACGCCAAGGCCAAGCUGGAGCUGGCAGCUGUGCCUCAGAUAAAGACCACAGAUCAGAGCUACGUCACGGACGCCAGGAAGCCCAUCGUCAUGGCCGUCCCGUACAGCGCCUACCCGCAGGCCGAGGCCGACUGGCUGUACAACAAUCUGAGUCUGCCUAAAGACAACAUCUACACAUCGGCCGACCGCACCGAGUACCGGCUGAAGGACCCGCUGAAGGCCGACGAGGGCCGCUACAAGGUCGUAAUCAAGAACAAACACGGACAGGGAGAAGCCUUCAUCAACCUGGAGGUCAUCGACGUCCCGGGACCCGUGAAGAACCUGCAGGUGAUCGACACGGCCGACGGCGAGGUCAGCCUGGCGUGGGAGGAGCCCGAGAGUGACGGCGGCAGCAAGGUUGUGGCCUACGUGGUGGAGAGACGCGACGUGAAGCGCAAGACCUGGACGCUGGCGACUGACCACGCCGAGAGCCCCGAGUACACGGUCACCGGCCUCCAAAAGGACUCAAUGUACCUGUUCAGAGUCUGCGCCCGCAACCGGGUCGGCAGCGGACCCAACGUAGAGACCGACAAAGCCGUACAGGCCAAGAACAAGUUUGACGUUCCCGAGGCUCCUCUAAACGUCACGGUGGGAAACGUCACAAAGUUCGGCUGCACCGUCUCCUGGGAGCCCCCCGAGUCGGACGGGGGCUCCCCCAUCACGUCUUACAUCAUCGAGCUGCGGGACAGGACGUCGGUGAAGUGGACGCCCGUCCAGAUCACCAAGGCCGACGAGCUCAGCGCCAUCGUCAACGACGUCAUCGAGAACAAAGAGUACAUCUUCAGAGUCAAAGCUCAGAACAAAGCCGGCGAGGGCAAGCCCAGCGCGGCCACACGGCCCGUCAAGAUCAUGGAUCCCAUCGAGCCUCCCAGCCCCCCUGUGAACCUGGUCUGGCAGGACCAGAGCAAGAGCUCGGUGCAGCUCAGCUGGGAGACUCCUCUGAGGAACGGAGGCAGCAUCAUCACGGGAUACAUCAUCCAGCGCUGCGAGGACGGCGCUGACAAGUGGCUCCGCUGCAACGCUCGCCUCUGCCCCGACCUCUGCUACAAGGUGUCUGGGCUGAAAUACGGGAACAAGUACAACUACAAAGUGUUUGCUGAGAACGCGGCCGGAGUCUCGGACCCGUCCAACAUCAUCGGCCCUCUGCUGGCCGACGACACACAUGUCGCUCCAUCCUUUGACCUGAGUGCGUUUAAAGACGGUCUGGAGAUAAUCGUGCCCCAGCCUCUGACCAUCAGAGUCCCGAUCACCGGCUACCCGACGCCCGUCGCCCGCUGGACCUUCGGAGAGAAGGAGCUGAACACCGCCGACGAGCGCGUCUCCAUGAUGACCAAGUCCACGUUCACGGAGUUGGUCGUCACGCCGAGCGUGCGCCCGGACAAAGGCAUCUACACGCUACAGCUGGAGAAUGACGUCACGUCCAUCUCCGGAGACAUCGAGGUCAACGUCAUUGCGGCGCCCAGCGCUCCGAAGGACUUCAAGGUCCUGGAGGUGACCCGACAGCACGUCCACCUCGCCUGGGAGGCUCCGGAGCACGACGGAGGAAGUCCUCUGACCGGAUACCAGGUGGAGAAACGGGACGUAUCCCGCAAGACCUGGGUCAAGGUGACGACAGGUAUCCAGGAUCAGGAGUUCACGGUCACCGACGUGGUGGAGGGAAAGGAGUAUCUGUUCCGAGUCACCGCCUGCAACAAGUGCGGACCGGGAGAGCCGGCGUACAUCGACGAGCCCGUCAAUGUCUCGUCUCCCGCCACCUGCCCCGACCCCCCAGAGAACCUGCGGUGGAGAGACAAGUCGGCCAGCGGCAUCUUCCUGACCUGGGAGCCGCCCAAGUACGACGGCGGCACGGGCAUCCGCGGCUACAACGUGGAGCGCUGCCAGAGAGGAACGGAUAAGUGGGAGCCCUGUGGGGACAUGGUCCCAGAGCUGAAGUGCCAGGUGACGGGUCUGACUGAGGGCCAGUGGUACGCUUACAGAGUCCGAGCCCUGAACCGCCUCGGGGCCAGCCGGCCCUGCAAGGCCACUGACGAGAUCCAGGCCGUAGACCCCAAAGAGGCUCCGGAGAUCCAGCUGGACGCCAAGCUGCUGGCCGGUCUGACCGCCAAGGCCGGCAGUAAGAUCGAGCUCCCGGCCGAGGUCACGGGGAAGCCCGAGCCGCGGGUCAAAUGGACCAAGGCCGACCUGGUGCUGAAGGCAGACGACAGGGUGUCCAUCGACACCAAGCCCGGACACUCCACCGUAACUAUCGCCAAGACGCGCCGAGACGACAGCUGCACCUACAUCAUCGAGGCCACCAACAGCAGCGGCCGUGCCACCGCCACCGUAGACGUCAACAUCCUCGAUAAGCCCGGCGCUCCGGCCGCCUUCGAUAUCUCUGAGAUCACCAACGAGACGUGCUUCCUGGCGUGGAACCCUCCGCGUGACGACGGCGGCUCCAAAGUCACCAACUACAUCGUGGAGCGCCGUGCUGCCGACAGCGAGAUCUGGCACCGGCUGUCCUCCACCGUCAAGCAGACCACCUACAAAGCUGUGGGCCUGGUCAAGUUCAAGGAGUACAUCUUCCGAGUCUUCGCUGAGAACCAGUUUGGUGUCGGCCCACCAGCCGAUCACCCAUCCAUCAUCGCCAGAUACCCCUUCGACACUCCCGGCGCUCCAUAUAAGCUGGAGGCCUCGGACAUCGCCAAGGACUCGGUGAGCCUGGCGUGGUACGAGCCCGACGAGGAUGGCGGAAGCCCCAUCACGGGCUACUGGGUGGAGAGAUACGAACCGGACCACGACAAGUGGAUGAGGUGCAACAAGCUGCCAAUCAAAGACACCAACUACAGAGUCAAAGGUCUUCCCACCAGGAAGAAGUACAAGUUCAGAGUCCUGGCGGAGAAUCUGGCAGGAACUGGAAAACCCAGCAAGGAGACAGACCAGAUCCUCAUCAAAGACCCUAUCGAUCCUCCCUGGCCUCCCGGUAAACCCACGGUGAAGGACGUGGCGAAGACUUCGUGCUUCCUGGUGUGGACCAAACCGGAGCAUGAUGGCGGAGCGAAGAUCGACAGCUACGUCAUCGAGAUGCUGAAGAGCGGCACGACGGACUGGAUCCGCGUGGCGGAGGACAUCACCAACCUGGAGCACUUCCUGAAGGGCCUGAUGGAGAAGCAGGAGUACUCGUUCAGGGUGCGAGCUGUCAACGCGGCCGGGGAGAGCGAGCCCAGCGAGCCCAGCGAACCCGUGCUCUGCAAAGAGAGACUCAACCCCCCGUCGGCCCCCCGCUGGCUGAACGUGGUCAGCAUCUGCCGGAACAGCGCCGACAUGAAGUGGACGGCCCCGGAGCGCGACGGUGGCUCGCGCAUCACCAACUACGUGGUGGAGAAGCGUGACGCCCGCCGUAAAGGCUGGCAGACGGUAGACACCACGGUCAAGGAGCUGAAGUACACGGUGACGCCACUCAACGAGGGAUCGCUCUACGUAUUCCGCGUCGCCGCCGAGAACGCCGUCGGCCUCGGGCCCUUCUGCGAGCUGGAGGACAGCGUGAUGGCCAGAGACACUUUCACAUCUCCCGGGCCGCCGUACGCUCUCACCGUCAACGCCGUGACCAAGACAUACGUGGACCUGCAGUGGGAGGCGCCCAAAAACGACGGCGGCAGACCCAUCAUCAAGUAUUCCGUGGAGAAGAAGGAGAAGCUUGGAACCCGCUGGGUGAAGUGCGGGAAGACUUCGGGUCCGGACUGUAAGUACCGCGUAACGGACGUCAUCGAGGGGACGGAGGUUCAGUUCCAGGUCAGCGCCGAGAACGAGGGCGGCAUCGGCCAUCCCAGCGAACCCACCGAGAUCCUCACCAUCGAGGAUCCCACAGGCAUCCCAUCGCCACCCAUGGAGCUGCAUGUGACCGGAGCCAGCCGGGACUUCCUGUCCAUCGCCUGGAAGCCGCCGCAGAGAGACGGCGGCAGCCGCAUCAGCGGCUACCACAUCGAGAUGUGCGCCGCUGGCACGGAGAAGUGGAUGAGGGUCAACUCGCGGCCGGUGAAGGAGCUGAAGUUCCGCGUGGAGGAGGGCAUCGUCCCCGAGAAGGAGUACAUCCUGAGAGUCCGCGCCGUCAACUCGGUCGGAGUCAGCGAGCCAUCCGACAUCUCGGAGAACGUCUUCGCCAAAGAGAGCGACUGCAACCCGACGCUGGAAUUCCAGACUCUGGACCUGGUUGUCGUGGAGACCGAAAAGCUGCACAUCCCAGUUCCCUUCAGAGCGGUCCCGGCGCCCAAAAUCACCUGGCACAAAGACGGCAAAGAGCUGAAGGCCGACGAACGCAUCGGCUUCAGGAAGGAGUAUGUUUCCUGUCACCUGGAGAUCGACAGCAGCGUCCACGCUGACGCCGGACAGUACAAGGUGACCCUGGAGAACAAGCUGGGAGCUGCCAGCGCCACCAUCAACGUCAAGGUUAUCGGUCUUCCUGGCCAGUGUAAGGACAUCGUGGCCUCUGAGAUCACAAAGAGUUCCUGUAAAGUGUCCUGGGAGCCUCCGGACUACGACGGCGGCAGCCCCAUCAUUCACUACGUCAUGCAGCGGCGUGAGGCCGGCAGGAGGACGUACGUCAACAUGAUGUCCGGAGAGAAGAAGGUGUGCUGGACCGUCAAAGACCUGAUCCCCAAUGGAGAGUACUACUUCAGAGUCCAGGCCGUCAACAAGAUCGGAGGGGGAGAGUUCAUCGAGCUCCGCAACCCCGUCAUCGCAGAGGACCAGAAACACAUUCCCGACCCGCCCGUGGACGUAGAGACCCACAACCCCACCUCCAGCACCAUCACCCUGACCUGGAAGCCACCCAUGUACGAUGGCGGCGCCAAGAUCAUGGGCUACGUCCUGGAGAAGCAGAAGAAGGGCGAGGACGCGUGGGAGCGCUGCAACGACUUCCUGGUGCCCGUGCUGUCCUACACCGUCAGGGGGCUGACGGAGGGCAAGAGCUACGCCUUCCGAGUCCGAGCCGAGAACGCCGCCGGGGUCAGCGAGCCGUCGCGGGCCUCGCUGUUCGUCAAGAUCUCUGAUGCCAUCGAUCCUCCCAAGGUGUUCCUGAGCGGCAGCCUGCAGUCCGGCCUCAGCGUGAAGCGCGGCUACGAGAUCCGCCUGGACGCCAACAUCUCGGGCUCGCCGUACCCUGAGAUCACCUGGUACUGGAACAACCAGAAGAUCCGGCCUGAGCCGCUCCGCAAGCGGCCAGAGAAACCCCUGAAAAAGAAGGUGGAGAAGAAGGAGGAGAAGAAAGAGGAGAAGAAGGAGGGAGAGGCAGAGAAGAAGGAGGGAGAGGAGAAGAAGGAGGGAGAGGUGAAGGAAGGAGAGGAGAAAAAGGAAGGAGAGGAGAAGAAGGAGGGAGAGGAGAAGAAAGAGGAGGAGAAGAAAGAGGAGGAGAAGAAAGCGGAGGUAGCAGCCGAGCCAGAGGAAGAAGAGACAGACUACCCGACCAUAAACGAGCGUCUGACCGUGGACAACCGUCACCGCGGCGUGUCGUCCAUCAUCAUCAGGGACUCGUACCGCGCCGACCACGGCAUCUACAUGGUGAAGGUGGAGAACGACCACGGCAUCGCCUCGGCAACCUGCGAGGUCAACGUGCUCGAUACUCCCGGGCCUCCCGUGAACUUCACCUUCGAGGAGGUGAGGAAGAACUCUGUGAUUUGCCGCUGGUCCCCCCCGCUGGACGACGGCGGCAGCGAGAUCCUCAACUACACGCUGGAGAAGAAGGACAACUCCAAGCUGGAGAUCGGCUGGAGCAGCGUCACAUCCACGCUGAGAGGCUGCCGCUACCUGGUGCCCAAACUCAUUGAGAAGAAGGAGUACAUCUUCAGGGUGGUGGCCGAGAACAAGUUCGGUGCCGGGCCGUACUGCGUCUCCAAACCGCUCAUCGCCAAGAAUCCUUUCGAUCCUCCCGACAUUCCCGAGAAGCCGGAGAUCAACGACAUCACGUCCCAGAGCAUGCUGGUCACCUGGACGCCGCCAAACGACAAUGGCAGCCCCAUCCUGGGAUACUGGGUGGAGCGCCGCGAGAUCAACAGCUCCCACUGGGCACGCGUCAACAGGGACCUGGUUCCUGACACCGAGCUGAACGUGGAGGGGCUCCUGGAGGGGCUGACGUACAUCUUCAGGGUGGCAGCUGAAAACCAGGCCGGCCCCGGAAAGUUCAGCGGCCCCUCGGAACCCAAAACAGCCCAGGCUUCCAUCUUACCCCCGGGACCUCCAGUUGCUCGAGUGGCGGCGACCACUAACUCCUCCAUCGACGUGGAGUGGGACCCGCCUGUCGACAACGGCGGAGCAGAGGUCCUGGGAUACCACGUGGAAAAGGCCGUGGUUGGUAGCAAGGACUGGUCCCGGGCCACAGAGCGUCUAUGGAAGACCCGGUCCUUCACUGUCUACGGGGUCCGCGAGGGAGCCAAGUACUCAGUCCGAGUCAUCGGCUGUAACUCUGCCGGAGAGGGAACGCCAGGAUUCACAGAGUCUGUGUUUGUCAGGAAUCCUGCAGAGAAGCCGAUGAUUGACCUGGAAAUGUGGGUCAAGAACGGCGUGAUCAUCAGAGCCGGAGAGAACCUCCAUUUGCCUGCGACAGUCACAGGUAAACCCUACCCGACCAUCACCUGGACCAAGGACGAUGCCAAACCUGACAAAGACCGCGUGGAGAUCCUCACCGAGGGCAACGACAGCGUCGUUUCCAUCAAGAACGUGCAGAGGAAGGACUGUGGCAAAUACCACAUCGCCGCUUGCAACCCCAGCGGCACAAAGCACGCUAACAUCAGAGUGGAUGUUGUAGAUGUCCCCGGACCCGUCACGGACCUGAAGCCCGUCGUUGUCACUCGCAAGAUGAUCUUCUUGAACUGGGACGACCCAGUGGACGAUGGAGGCAGCGACCUGACUGGCUUCCUCGUGGAGCGCAGAAGUCCCAAUUCUCAAGCAUGGAGGCAGCCUGUUGAAACCACCUCCUCCAAGUGCGAGUGCAUGGGCAUAGUGGAGGGACAGGAGUACAUCUUCCGCGUCAUUGCCAAGAACAAGUACGGCCUGGGCACGCCUGUAGAGAUGGACAUCAUCAAGGCUGUUGACCCACAGGCCCCACCGUCAUACCCUGAGAAGUUCCACUACACCGAACGCACCAAGAACUCCCUUACACUGACCUGGAAGCCACCUCGUAACGACGGCGGCAGCCCUAUCAUCGGCUACACCAUUGAGAAAAAGAGAGCAGACAAGCAGGCUUUUGAGCCAUGCAACACGGAGAUGUGCCCCAACUUGACCAUGACUGUUCAGGACCUGGAAGAGGACUGGAUGUACGAGUUCAGGAUCAAGUGUGCCAACCUGAUUGGAGAAAGCGAGCCAUCCAUCCCGUUGACUGUGAUUAUCCAAGACGACGAAGUGUUUCCUGAAGUCCACAUGCUGAAGCACUUCAAGGGUGACUCUAUUACCGUGAAGAAGGGUGAAUCCAUUGAGCUCCCCGCUGAUAUCCUGGGCCUCCCCAUCCCUAACAUCGAAUGGACCAAGAAUGACGUGGUGAUCGAGCCCACAGAGGCUCUGCUGAUUGAGACUGAGGUGACCGGCAGGUUGAACGCAAAGACCAAGUUGUCCAUCCCAGCAGUCAACAGGAGGGACCGCGGCAGCUACACUGUGACCGCCACCAACAACAUGGGCACAGCCAAGCACACCACCUAUGUCAUGGUGCUGGACCGACCACUUCCACCCAGGAAUUUGACAGUGUCCAACAUCAGGGCGGAGUCUUGCUACCUCCACUGGGAAGUACCGCUGAGCACUGGUGGCAGCGAGCUGACCAACUACAUUGUUGAGAAGAUGAAAGUGGUGGAAGAGGAACCGCAGCUGGAAGAGGGACAGGAAGCUCCACCUGGACCACAGUGGGAGGAGGUCAACAACAUCGUCAUUGAGAGGAAACUCGGGGUUUGGGAACUGGAGACCAACAAGUCCUACAUGUUCCGGGUCAAAGCCCAGAAUCGUUACGGUAUAUCUGACCCCUGCACAACAACAGAGGAAGUCAUGAUCAUAGACCCAUUCGGCCUUCCUGGCCCACCAGAGAAACCAAAGAUCGCAGAGUACUCCAAGACCUCCAUGACCCUAACCUGGGAGCCUCCCAGGGACACCGGCGGCUCUAUGAUUAUCGGCUACUGGCUGGAGAAGAGGGAGAAAGGCACUGACUACUGGGCCAAAGUCAACAAGACACCAGUCAAGACGAGGGGCAUGAAAGGCUGGGACUACCAGGUGACUCGUCUGUUCGAAGGAACAGAGUACGAGUUCAGGGUUGCUGCCACCAAUUCUGCAGGAAUGGGACCAUUCAGCGGACCGUCCGACUCUGCCUUCGCUGUCGAUCCCAUCACUCCUCCGAGCAUGCCCGCUGCUCCUGAGGUGAUUGAUAAGACAAAGCACAGUGUCACACUUUCCUGGGAGCCGCCAGAGAGGGACGGAGGAAGCCCCGUCAAGGGCUACAUCAUCCAGAUCCAGGACGAGGCCGCGACAAAGUGGCAAAGUGUGAAUGACGCCGACUCCCUCCACCCCACCACCGAGUUCACUAUGCCCGGCCUCCGCGCGCUCAAACGCUACCGCUUCAGGAUCAUCGCCGUCAACGGCAUUGGCGAGUCCGACCCCAGCCCCAGCACCAGCGAGGUUCUGGUUACGGACGUCGCAUUUGCUCCUUCCAUCUCCAUCGACAUGCUGAUGGACGACCUGCUGUACAUCCGUGCUGGAGAUCCGAUCAGGAUCCCCGCCACCAUUAAGGGCCGCCCUGUUCCCAAGGUAACCUGGGAAUUUACUGGCAAAGCCAAGUCGCACAAGAAGAACAAACUGCACACGCUGCCUGUGGACUCAGAGAUUCAGUCCACAGACACCACGUCCGUUGUGACCAUCCCCGUCAGUCUGAGGACGCACUCUGGGCGCUACACCAUCACCGCCAAGAACAAGUCCGGACAGAAACACAUCAACGUCAGAGUCAUUGUCCUUGACGUCCCCGGAGCCCCGAAGGACCUAAAGGUUACCGACACCACCCGGUCCACCAUGAGGCUGAUCUGGAAACUCCCCGACAGCGAUGGAGGAGAGAGAAUCAAGAGCUACUUUAUCGAGAAGAAAAGUCAAAUUGACAAGGCCUGGACAAAGGUGAAUGCAGCCUGCGCCAGCCAGGCCUACGUGGUGACGGGCCUGCUGGAGGGUCAGGACUAUCACUUCAGGGUCCGAGCUGAGAACAGACUUGGAUUCGGCCCGUUCACCAUCACCACCGACCCCGUGCGGGCCAGAGACCCCAUCUACCCGCCUGACCCCCCCACCAAGGUGAGGGUGAACCUGGUGACGAAGAACACCGUCACCCUGAGCUGGGAGCCUCCCAAGAACAACGGCGGCUCUCCGGUGAAGCAUUACAUCAUCGAGCGUCUGAGCUGGGACACCAGCGGCAAAGAGAAGGAGACGUGGAAGCAGUGCAACAAGAGAGACGUUGAGGAACUCAGCUUCGUGGUGGAGGAUCUGAAAGAGGGAGGAGAGUAUGAGUUCAGAGUGAAAGCUGUGAACGCAGCGGGACCCAGCCGCCCGUCGGCCGCCGCCGGACCCCUGAUCAUCAAGGAUCAGACAUGCGCUCCCACCAUCGAGCUGCGCGAGCUCAUGGAGGGCGAGGAGGGCUGUGACGUCAGCAUCGUGGCAAGGGUGAGCGGCUGUCCGUUCCCCUCGCUCACCUGGCACAAAGCCAGCCUGGCCAAACCGGAGGAGAAGGCCGCCGUGCAGUACGACAAGCACAUGAACAAGCUGGUGACCCACGACAAGUGCACGCUGCUGAUCCAGCAGGCAACUCGGCUCGACAGCGCCCUCUUCAGCCUGACGGCCACCAACAGCCUGGGCACCGCCACCAAGACCAUCAAGCUCGCCGUGCUCGGACCCCCCGGCCCACCCAUGGCACCGUUCAAGUUCACCGAGGUGUUUGCGGAGAGGAUCGGCCUGGCCUGGAGCCCUCCCAGAGACGACGGCGGAUCCAAGAUCACCAACUACGUGAUAGAGAAGCGCGAGGACAACAGGAAGACCUGGGUCCACGUCUCCAACGACCCCAAGGAGUGUGCCUACGUGGUGACCAGGCUGACAGAGAACCACGAGUACGAGUUCCGAGUCAUGGCCCAGAACAAGUUUGGAGUCGGGCCUGCGCUGGUCAGCGAGCCGGAGAAGGCCCGAAACCUCUUCACCGUCCCGGGUCAGUGUGAGAAGCCGACGGUGAAGGACAUCAGUGUGGAGUUCAUGAACGUCAACUGGGACGAGCCCAAGUACGACGGCGGCUCCUCGGUCACCGGCUACAUCGUGGAGAAGAAGGAGACCACCGCCAAGCGCUGGAUCCGCGUCAACCGUGAACCCAUCCGAGCACUGCCGCUGGGCAACAACUGGGACGUGACCGGCCUGCAGGAGGGCGCCAUGUACCAGUUCAGGGUCAGCGCGGUCAACGCCGCCGGCAGCGGGCUGCCCAGCGUGCCCUCGGACCCCGUGCUCUGCAGAGACCCCAUCAAGCCUCCCGGGCCGCCCAUCCCGAAGGUGACGGAUUGGACCAAGUCGACGGUGGAGCUAGAGUGGAUCCCCCCCGUGGUGGACGGAGGGUCAAAGGUCACGGGCUACAUCGCCGAGUACAAGGAGGUGAACAAGGAGGAGGAGGAGAAGAAGGCUCAGAGGAGGCUGCUGCUGAGCAGCGAUGAAGAGCAGGAGGAGAAGGAGCCUGAGGAGAGCUGGGAGAAGGCGAAGGACACCGAGAUCAGAGGAACCAAGUUCGUGGUGGCCGGUCUGAAGGAAGGCGGUCUGUACCGCUUCCGAGUCAAGGCGGUGAACGCCGCCGGAGUGGGAGAGCCGGGAUUCGUGUCCGAGCUGAUCGAGACCAAAGACAGAACAAUUCCUCCAGAGAUGGACCUGGACGCCUCGGUGAAGGAGAAGAUCGUGGUCCACGCCGGCGCCACCAUCCGCAUCAUCGCCUACGUGUCGGGUAAACCCGCCCCGGAGAUCACCUGGUGCCGCGACGACGCCGAGGUUCCCAAAGAGGCCGUGGUGGAGAAGACGGGCAUCUCCAACUCGCUGGUCAUCAAGAAAUGCAUACGCCAACACCAGGGCAUCUACACGCUGAGCGCCAAGAACGAGGGCGGAGAGAGGAAGAAGGCCGUCAUCGUGGAGGUCCUGGAUGUCCCCGGACCCGUCGGUCUUCCCUUCGCCGGCGAGAAUCUGACCAACGACUCGUGCAAGCUGACCUGGUACUCCCCUGAGGACGACGGUGGCUCGGCCAUCACCAACUACAUCAUCGAGAAGAGGGAGUCGGACCGCAUGGGCUGGACUUCGGUGUCCUACACGGUGACGCGGAGGAACGCCGUGGUGCAGGGACUCCUCGAGGGCAAGGGCUAUUUCUUCAGGAUCGCAGCCGAGAAUAUCAUCGGCAUGGGACCAUUCAUCGAGACCGACAAAAUGGUUCUGAUCAAGGACCCCAUCUCUGUCCCGGAGCGUCCAGAGGACCUGCACAUCACCGCAGUUACCAAGGACUCGCUCUCGGUCGCCUGGAGACCCCCAAAGUACGACGGCGGCACCGAGGUGACGGAGUACGUCCUGGAGUCCCGCAUGGUCGGCCGGGACAUCUUCACACGCAUCGGCGGAGACAGCAAGCUGAUGGACAUGAAGUUCACCCUGACGGGGCUGAAGGACGGCUCCAGCCACGAGUUCAGAGUGGCGGCCAUCAACGCCGUGGGACAGGGCAAAGCGUCCUUCGCUACCAAACCCGUCCAGUGCAAAGACGAACUGGAACCCCCGACUCUGGACCUGGACUUCAGGGACAAGAUGAUGGUGAAAGUGGGAGACUCGUGCACGCUGUCGGGACGCUACGGUGGCAAACCGGCCCCGGCUAUCGCCUGGACCAAGAACGACGAGGAGCUAAAGGUAGAUGAUGAGAUCAGCUUCCACAGCACCGCUCGCCACCUCAGCCUCAACAUCAGCAAGGCCAAGAGGGAGCACAGCGGCUGCUACUGCGUCAGCGUGGAGAACGCCGCCGGCGCUCGCACCGGAGUCUGCACUGUCACCGUGGUCGACCGUCCCCAGCCUCCGCUGGGCCCCGUGGUCUUCAACGAGAUCUACAGCAACUACAUGGUGAUCUCCUGGAACCCCCCCAAGGACGACGGAGGCUGCGCUGUUUCCAACUACAUCAUAGAGAAGAGGGACACCAACAGAGACCUGUGGAUGCCCGUCACCUCGUCCUGCACCAGGACGACCUGCAGGGUGCCGAAGCUGAUCGAGGGUCGUGAUUACAUCAUCAGGAUCAUGGCUCAGAACAUCUACGGCAUCAGCGAGCCCCUGCUGUCCGCAGAGAACAAGGCCAGAGACAUCUUCAAGGUGCCCGACGCUCCCAAACAGCCCAUAGUGAAGGAGGUCUUCCACGACUCAGCCCUCGUCAGCUGGGAACCGCCUGCGGGUGACGGAGGAAAACCAAUCUCUGGCUACAUCGUGGAGAGGAAGGAGACCAUGGCCAACAGGUGGGUUCGCUGCAACACGGAGAGAAUCUAUCCGAAGGCAGAGUACUGUGUGACGGAGCUGCUGCAGGGCUGCGAGUACGAGUUCAGAGUCAGCGCUGAGAAUGUGGUGGGAGCCGGUGACCCAAGCCCACCGUCCAAACCCGUCUUUGCCAAAGAUCCCAUCGUGAAACCCAGUCCACCGGUGAACUUCAUGGCCGUCGACUUCACCAAUGAGUCGGUGACUCUGACCUGGCAGCCGCCCGCCGACAGCGGCAGAGGAAAGAUCUUCGGAUACCUGCUGGAGUUCCAGAAGUCUGGAGAGGAGGAAUGGAGCAAGGUGAACCAGACUCCCGACUCCUGCCAGGAGACCAAGUUUAAGGUGAUCGGCCUGGAGAACGGCGCUCUGUACCGCUUCAGAGUCAUGGCGGUCAACGCAGCCGGAGAAUCCGACCCGGCCAACGUCAAGGAGCCAAUCAAAGUGCAGGACAGACUCGAGCCCCCAGAGCUGAUUCUGGAUGCUGGGAUGACCCGCGAGGUGAAGGCCAUGGCCGGCACUCACAUCGUCCUGAUGGCCGCCAUCAAAGGCGUCCCGUUCCCCACCGUCACCUGGCAGAAGAACGAGGCCGAGGUGCCCACCCGCGCCGACAUCGACACCAACCAGGAAGGCACCAAGCUGGAGAUGAGGUUCUGUACCCGCGAAGACUGCGGAGACUACACCCUGACCGUGGAGAACCCUGCCGGGUCCAAGACCGUCACCUGCACCGUGCUGGUCUUCGACAAACCCGGUCCCAUCCAGCACCUCAGGGUGACAGACAUCAGGAGCGACUCUGCGUACAUGUCCUGGAAGGAUCCGGAGGACAGCGGCGGCGUUCGCAUCACUAACUUCGUGGUGGAGAAGAAAGACACGGCGUCCACUCAGUGGGUCCCUAUCUGCUCCACGUCCAAGAAGCGCAGCAUGAUGCUGAAGCACCUGAUCGAGGGAACGUCCUACAUGUUCCGAGUCGCUGCCGAGAACCAAUACGGACGCAGCGAAUACGUCAGCACGCCCAAGUCCAUCAAGGCCAUGAACCCACUCUUCCCUCCCGGUCCUCCCAAAGAUCUGCACCACGACGACGUGGACAAGACCGAGGUGUGGUUGGUCUGGAACUGGCCCGACCGCAACGGGGGAAGUGACAUCACAGGCUUCCUGGUGGAGUAUCAGGAAGAGGGAGAGAAGGACUGGGACGAGUGGAAGACCGUCAGCAUCCCUGAGACUCAUGUGACCGGCCUGGAGGAAGGAAAGACCUACCGUUUCAGAGUGAGGGCGGAGAACGCCAUCGGCCUCAGCAGACCCGACACCACUGUGCCAAUCCUCUGCCAGGAAAAACUGGUGCCUCCCAUUCUGGAGGUUGAUGCUAAGCUAAUUGAAGGCAUCAUCGUGAAGGCCGGCACCACCAUCAGGCUGCCAGCGAUCAUGAGAGGAAUCCCUGUACCAACUGCCAAGUGGUGCAUCGAAGGAGAGGAGCUCACCAGCCAGGGUAACGUCAAGAUCGACACAGACAACUUCUCCACCGUGCUCAGCAUUAACGAGUGCACCAGGAACCACACCGGCACCUACCUGCUCACCGUGUCCAACCCCGCCGGAACCAAGACUGGGGCCUUGAACGUCACUGUCCUGGAUGUUCCCGCCGCUCCCAUCGGACCUGUCAACAUCCUGGAGGUCACUCCGGACUCCAUGAUGAUUGAAUGGCGUCCUCCCAAGGAUGAUGGCGGCAGCGCUGUCACCAACUACAUUGUGGAGAAGCGAGAGUCCAACAAGGAGACCUGGGGCGGCGUAAGCUCUGGCAGCCUUGCCACCAAGCUCAACAUCACCCGCCUGCAGAAAGGAGUGGAGUAUGUGGUUCGCAUUCGUGCCGAAAACAAAAUGGGCAUCGGCGCUCCUCUGGAGAGCAAGCCAACUGUCGCUGAGCACACCUUCAUGCCACCCAGUCCGCCCGGUAAGCCACAGCCCUCUGACAUCUCAGAGGAUUCUGUUACAAUCGGCUGGACCAUGCCAAUGGCUGACGGCGGCAGCCAGAUCUCGGGCUACCUCAUUGAGCGCAGACACAAGGGAGGAAAAUGGAUCCGUGUCAACAAGACACCCUGCCCGGACCUGAGGUACAAAGUCCAGGGUCUGUUUGAGGGCAAUGAGUAUGAGUUCAGAGUGUUUGCUGAGAAUAGCGCCGGCUACAGUGGCCCCUCUCCCAGCUCUGACCCAUGCAAGCCCUGCAGGCCCAUCACCGUCCCGAGCCCCCCUGUCAACCCCAGAGUUAAAGAUUACAGCAAGACCACAGCUGAUUUGGUGUGGACCAAACCCAACAAAGACGGAGGUAGCCCCAUCCUGGGCUACACCGUGGAAAUGAAGAAAGCCGAUACUGAAGAAUGGAAAAAGGUGAACAUGGAUGACUUUAUCAAGCAGUGUGCCUACAGGGUGAAGGGUCUGGAGGAGGGCGUGACUUACAGAUUCAGAGUCAACGCCUCGAACAUGAUCGGAGAUGGAGAGUUCAGAGAAAUCCCAGAGUCUGUCACCGCUCAGGAUAUCCUGAUCCCUCCGGAGAUCGAGAUGGACGCCACCUGCCGCGAGCACGUCACUGUGCGCGUCGGACACAACAUCAACAUCAUUGGCUACAUCAAGGCCCGUCCGGACGCAGAAGUGCUCUGGUCAAAGGAGGAGACCGUUCUGGAGAACAGCAAACGUGUCACCAUCGUUCAGAACCUCCCUAUGGUCCACCUGAGGAUCAAGGAAGCCACGAGAGCCGACCAUGGCAAAUACAUUCUGAAGGCUUCUAACGUGGGCGGCGAGGCAUCUUGCACCAUCACGGUCAACGUGCUGGACAGACCGAGCCACUGCCAGAACCUGCACACGACCUACGCCACCAAAGACUCGUGUAUGAUCAACUGGGAGGCCCCCAAGGACAACGGUGGAUCAGAGAUCACCAACUACAUCGUGGAGUGCCGUGAGCCCAGCAUUAGCAUGUGGUCCAUGAUCUCCUCCAACUGCACCAACCGCAAGAUCAAGUCCAAGAUGAUGGAGGGCCACCAGUACCUGUUCCGUGUCUGUGCUGUGAACAAGGUGGGCCCAGGACCCUGUGUGGAAACCAAAACCCCUCUGCUGGCCAUUGAUCCCAUUGAGAAGCCCGGCGAGCCUGAGAACUUCAGAGCCACCGACAUCGGUAAGAACUACGUCUGUCUGAGAUGGAGGAAGCCAGACUACGAUGGCGGCAGCCCCAACAUCUCCUACAACCUGGAGUGCAUAGCUAAGGACGCUGAAGAGUGGGUGAAACUCAACACCGGCGUUCUCACAGACACCUUCUUCCUGGCGGACAAGUGCGCAGAGAACCACACGUACACCUUCAGGGUGCAGACCGUUAAUGAAGGAGGUGAGAGUGCUUGGGUAAAACUCGCCGAUAUUUUGGUGAGGGAGGAGAUCCAGAAGCCCGUCAUUGACCUGAAGCUGGCCGGAACUAUGACAGUGAAGGCCGGAGAGUCGGUGAGGUUGGAGGCCGGCCUGAGAGGAAAGCCCCAGCCCGAGGUCAAAUGGCUGAAAGACAAGGCUGUCGGAGACAACCCAAGAAUCAGCUAUGAGACCGGCCCCGACUACUCCAAGUUCCUACUGACCAAGUCCAAACGCACUGACACUGGAAAGUAUGUCAUCACUGCCACCAACUCGGCUGGCACCUUCACGGCGUACGCCAACAUUAACGUCCUCGACGUCCCCGGCGCAGUGAGGAACCUCCGGAUCACUGGCCUCGGAGCCGACAAGUGCAGAGUAGUGUGGGAUCCUCCAGAGGAUGACGGAGGUUGUGAGGUGGACAGCUACAUCCUGGAGAAAUGCGAGACCAGGAGGAUGGUCUGGUCCACGUACUCGGACUCUGUGGUCACGCCGUACUGCAACGUCACGCGUCUGGUGGAGAACAACGAGUACAUCUUCAGAGUGAGGGCAGAGAACAAGAUGGGAACCGGCCCCGCCAUGGAGAGCAAGCCGGUCACUGUCAGGACGCAGUUCAACAAACCUGGACCCCCUGAAGCCCCUGAUGUCACCAAGGUGAGUAAAGAUGAGAUGACCGUCGUCUGGGCUCCUCCUGAGAACGAUGGAGGAAAGUCCAUCACCGGCUACAUCCUGGAGAGGAAAGAGAAGAGAGCAGUGCGCUGGGUGCCGUGCACCAAGAGCCCCAUCUCAGAGAGACGCAUGAAAGUCACCAACCUGAUUCCCAACCAUGAGUACCAGUUCAGGGUGAAGGCCGAGAACGAGGUCGGCCUGGGAGAACCCAGCAAACCCUGUAGACCCGUUGCAGCCAAAGAUCCCAUCGAGCCCCCCGGCCCCCCUGCAUGCCUCAAGGUAGGCGACAGCACCAAGACCUCUAUCACCCUGUCCUGGGCUAAACCUGUGUACGACGGCGGUGCCCCGAUCAUCAACUACAGCCUGGACAUGAGGCUGAAAAGCGAGGCAGACCCUGAGAAGCCCUCAGAGGGCUGGAAGAGAAUCGACACCCAUGGCCCGUUGGUGCACACAGAGUUCACCAUCGGCCAGCUGGAUGAGAAGCAGGAGUACGAAUUCAAGGUCUCCGCCCAAAACCAGAUGGGCUGGGGACGUCACGCCUACUUGAAGGAGGCCGUCUCCCCCAAGGAGAUCCUGGAGGCUCCAGAGAUCGACCUGGACGCCAGUCUGAGGAAAGGCCUGUCUGUUCGGGCCGGCUGUCCAAUCAGGCUCUUCGCUGUGAUCAGAGGAAGGCCCGCCCCCAAGGUUACCUGGAAGCGCCUGGGCGUGGACAACGUGAUCCGCCGUGGUCACGUGGACCAGGUUGACACCAUGUCCUUCCUGGUCAUCCCCGAGAGCACCAGAGAGGAUUCUGGGAGAUACUCGCUGACUCUCUCCAAUUCAGCUGGAGAGAAAGCCGUGUAUGUCCGUGUCAAAGUCCUUGAUACUCCUGGUCCUGUCGGCGACCUGCAGGCAUGCAACAUCACCAAGACAAACGCUCAGCUGUCCUGGCUACCGCCAGAUAACGAUGGUGGCAGCCCCAUCCUUAACUACAUCGUGGAGAAACGCGAGGUGGACAGGAAGACCUGGAACAAGUGCAUCGAGGACCUGAGGAAGACCAGCUUCCAUGUGACCAACAUGACACCUGGCAUCGAGUACUACUUCAGAGUCACGGCCUGCAACAAGUAUGGCAUUGGAGUUCCUCAGGACUCGCCCAAGUCCUACUUGGCUGUCGACCCCAUCAGCGAGCCGGACCCCCCGAAGAAGAUGGACGUGCUGGACAUUACCAAGAACAGCGCCACCCUGGGCUGGCUGAAGCCGCUCAGAGACGGAGGAGCCAAGAUCAACGGCUAUGUGGUGGACUACCAGCCUGAGGGCGCGCCUGAGGACAAGUGGACGCCUUACUCUGUGGUCAAAGACCUGACCAUCGUGGUGGUCGGUCUCAAGGAAGGAACCAAGUACAAGUUCAGAGUGGCAGCCAGGAACUCUGUGGGAGUCAGCCUGGCCCGAGAGGCAGAGGGAGUGUUCGAGGUCAAGGAGCAGCUCAUGGCUCCGAAGGUCAUCAUGCCCGACAUCGUGACGAUCAGAGCCGGAUCCAAGAUGGUGAUUGAGGCCAUCGUGGCGGGUAAACCCGCUCCCUUCUGCAAGUGGAAGCAGGGCAACGAGGACGUGCUGACCUCUGAUCGCCUGUCCGUUGUAAAGACGCUGACGACCUGCACGCUUAUCAUCAAGAACGUGACGAGAAUGGACAGCGGCUACUACAGCCUGUCGGCCGAGAACAGCACCGGCAAGAUCAACCAGAUCCUCAGAGUCACCGUCAUGGACAUCCCUGGACCCCCUGAAGGUCCUAUAGAGAUCACUGAGCUGGACAUCGAUGCCUGCACGCUGCUCUGGAACUCCCCACAGGAGGAUGGCGGCAGCCACAUCACCAACUAUAUUGUGGAGAAGUGUGACGUAACCAAGGGCGACUGGGUCCCCGUGACCACAUCCUGCACCAAAACCAGCUUUAGGGUACCCAAACUGACAACCGGCAAAGAGUACGGCUUCCGAGUCCGUGCUGAGAACCGGUUGGGCAUCUCCGUGCCACUUUAUUCUGAGAAGAUGAUUGCCAGACAUCCAUUUGACCCCCCCAGCGAGCCCAAAAACCUGCAGAUCAACAAGGUCUUCAAGGACUUUGUCAUCGUGUCAUGGGAGGUUCCCAGCAGCGACGGCGGCAGCCCCAUCACCGGAUAUUGCAUUGAAAAGAAGGAGAGGAACAGCCUUCUGUGGAUGAGGGCCAACGAGUCGGUGGUCCGAGCCACCCAGUACACCUGCACUGGGCUGAUAGAGGGCGUGGAGUACACCUUUAGGGUGUCGGCACUCAACCUGGCGGGACAGGGCAAACCCUGCAAACAGACCGACUUCGUCACCGCCAGGACUGCUGUUGACCCACCAGGUAAACCCGAGGCCAUGGACGUGACCAAGCACUCCGUCUCGUUGGUCUGGAGCCGUCCCAAGCACGACGGCGGCAGCAAGCUGAUUGGCUACUACAUGGAGUACACAAAGUUCCCGGGAGAGAAGUGGACGCGCUGCAACGCCAACUGCAUGAACAUCCAGACAGAGAGCUACGUGGUGAGCGGCCUGGACGAGGGCCAACAGUACCAGUUCAGAGUCAUCGCCAAGACCGCCAUCAACGUCAGCCUGCCGUCUGAGCUGUCCGACCCCAUCGCUGUCAUCGCAGAGAACGUUCCUCCUCGCGUGGAGCUGGGCGUCAACAUGAAGAACCUGAUCGUGGUGAAAGCCGGCGAGAACGUGGCCCUGGACGCGGCGGUGUUCGGGAAGCCGCUGCCCAAGGUGAGCUGGAAGAGAGACGGAGUGCCUCUGGUGCUCAUCGAGGGGAUGAAGGUCUCCCAGAAGAAACACAUCCACAUGCUGGAGCUCUUCGCCGUUACCAGGAAGGAGUCCGGAGACUACACCAUCAUCGCUGAGAACAGCAACGGAUCCAAGUACGCCAGCAUCAAGGUCAAAGUGCUCGACAAACCCGGCCCUCCGGCCUCUGUGAAAACUGCCAAGGUGUUUGCCGACCGCAUUAAGCUGCGAUGGGAGCCCCCACUUGCCGACGGCGGCUCUGAGAUCACCAACUACAUCAUCGAGAAGCGCGAGACGAGCCGGCCCAACUGGGCGCUGGUCACCGCCAACAUCAGCGGACACAGCACCGACUGCUCAGUGGAGAGACUCAUCGAAGGACACGAGUACCAGUUCAGAGUCAGCGCUGAAAACCAGUAUGGUGUCGGAGACGCACGCAUGACUGAGCCCGUCAUGGUCAAGAACCCGUACGAUGUUCCUGGUCCAUGCGAGCCGCCCGUCAUCACCAACAUCACCAAGGACUCCAUGACGGUGAGCUGGAAGGCCCCGGCCAAUGAUGGCAAGGCCACCAUCCUGGGCUACAUGGUGGAGAAACGCGAGGCCACGGAGCUGGCCUGGGCUAAGGUCAACCGCCGGCCCGUCAUCGACAGGACCAUCAAGGCCGUUCAGCUGACCGAGGGCUCCGAGUACGAGUUCAGAGUCAUCGCCAUGAACAAGGCCGGUCUGGGCAAACCCAGCGACGCUUCCAUGGCCGGGCUGGCUGUCGACCCCGUCUAUCCUCCCGGCCCCCCUGCCUUCCCCAAGGUGGUGGACUCCACCAGGACGUCCGUCAGCCUCAGCUGGACCAAACCGGCGUACGAUGGCGGCUGCGAGAUCAUCGGCUACCUGGUGGAGUGUAAGCGGGCGGACGCCGAGCACUGGACCAAAUGCAACAUCCCCAAAAAGCUGCAGGCCACCAAGUUCCUGGUGACGGGCCUGAUGGACGACGCCGAGUACCAGUUCCAAGUCAUCGCUGUCAACAAGAUCGGCUUCAGCGAGCCCAGCGAGGUCCCUGGAAACCACAUGCCCAAAGACAUCCUGAUUGCUCCUGAAGCCGAGCUGGACGCCGACCUUAGAAAGGUUUUGGUUCUCCGAGCCGGUGUCACCAUGAGGCUCUAUGUCCCUCUGAGGGGACGCCCGGCGCCGAAGGUGACGUGGUCCAAGGUGGACGCCAACCUGAAGGACAGGCAGGUGCUGAUCAAAACGUCGGAGUGGGACACCCUGCUGAUGAUUGAGGACAUUAACAGAUACGACGCUGGCAAAUACGCCCUGUUGCUGGAGAACAGCAGCGGCUCCAAGACCUACACCAUCGUGGUCAAAGUGCUCGAUUCUCCCGGGCCGCCCAUGAACCUGAUUGUGAAGGAGACCUCCCUAAGCCACGCCAGCAUCACCUGGGACGCCCCGCAGAUCGACGGCGGCAGCCCCGUCAAGAGCUACAUCGUAGAGAAGCGGCUGGCCGAGAGGAAGGCCUGGACCUGUGUGGAGGCAAACUGUCACAAGAUCUCUUUCCGAAUCCCCAACCUGGAGGCGGGACAGGCCUACUGCUUCCGAGUGCUGGCUGAAAACGCCUACGGCAUCGGAGAGGGCUGCGAGACCGCCGGCAGCGUCCGGGCCUCAGAGCAACCCGGUCCAGUGACGGACUUUAAAGCCCUGAAGACCACCAAGGACUCGAUCGUCCUGGGCUGGAAGAAGCCGCUGAGCGACGGCGGGAGCCACGUCAGCGCCUACAUCCUGGAGCAGAGCGAAGGCGAGGGCAAGUGGAAGCAGAUCAUGAAGGGCAAGAACAACACACACACUCUGGACGAGCUGAAGGAGGGCACGGAGUACGGGUUCAGAGUCAAGGCGCUCAAUGAGUCCGGAGAGGGACCGCCCACCGAGCUCACCGUCAUCGCCAAGGACCAGUUCGUGGCGCCUGACUGCAACCUGAGCGCUCUGCACGACGGCUGCUGCACGGUGAAGGAGGGCAGCACCACACGCAUCAACAUCCCCAUCACCGGCGUGCCUCUCCCCACCGCCACCUGGAAGAAGGGCGACACGGGGAUCGGCGACACAGGCCGCAUGUGCGUGGAGGCGUCCCACGGUGUCACCACCCUUCUGAUCCGAGACUGCCAGAGAACGGACGCCACCACCUACACCAUCAACGUCAGGAACAGCGGCGGUGCCAAGGACUGCAAGUUCAAGCUGGUGGUGGUCGGCAAGCCGGGCAUCUGCACCGGGCCCAUUAAGUUCGACGAGAUCACUGCCGAUGGCAUCACACUGGAAUGGGGACCGCCCAAAGACGACGGCGGUGCCGAGGUGUCCAACUACAUCGUGGAGAAGAGGAGGACGACGGACAGCAAGUGGGCCACGGUGGCAUCGGCCAUCCAGAAGACCAGCAUGAGGGUGAUCCGGCUGCACGAUGGAAUCGAGUACAUCUUCCGAGUGUUCGCUGAAAACAAGUACGGCAUCGGAGAGUAUCUGAGGUCCGACCCCGUCAUCGCCCAGCAUCCAUUCAAUGUGCCCGAGGCGCCCGCUCCUCCAGAAAUCGUGAGCAUGCGCCACGAGUCGGCCGUCUUGACUUGGGCUGAUCCAAAGGACAAUGGUGGCUCCACAAUCACUGGAUAUCAUGUGGAGUUUAAGGAGAGGAACAGUCUGAUGUGGAAGCGGGCCAGUAAGACUCCUCUGAGAGUGAAGGAGUGCAGAGUCACUGGCCUGAUAGAGGGACUAGAGUACGAGUUCAGGGUGAUGGCCAUGAACACAGCCGGCCUGGGAAGGCCAAGCAAGGUCACCGAGGCUCUGGUUGCCCUAGAUCCUAUUGAUCCUCCCGGUAAGCCGGAAGUGAUUAACAUCACCAGGACCUCGGUCACUCUGAUCUGGACCCCUCCCAAAUAUGACGGCGGCCACAAGCUGACUGGCUACAUGGUGGAGAAGCUGGAGGUUGACGGCAAGGCCUGGAUGAAGGCCAAUCAUGUCAACAUCCAGGGCUGUGCCUUCACUGUCACUGACCUGACGGAGGGAUCUCAGUAUCAGUUCAGGAUCAGGGCAAAGAAUUCUGCCGGGGCAAUCAGUGUUCCUUCAGAGCAGACUGAUCUUCUGACCUGCAAGGAUGAGUACGACCCCCCGACCAUCACUAUUCACCCAGACAUGAAGGACGGUGUAUCAGUCAAGGCCGGUGACACCAUCGUGAUCUCAGCCUCCAAGAUUGUUGGCAAACCUCCACCCACUGCUGUCUGGUCAAAGGGAGGCCGAGAGUUAAAGAGCUCUGACAUCGUUACCAUCACCAGCACUCCCAUCUCCUCCACUCUGGCUAUCAAGUACGCAAGCCGGAAGAACACAGGAGAGUACGUCAUCACCGCCAGCAACCCCUUUGGCAUUAAAGAAGAACGUGUAAAGGUGAAGGUCCUCGAUGUGCCUGGACCUCCAGGCCCCAUCGAAGCCAGUGUCAUCACAGCUGAGAAGUGUACUCUGACCUGGCUUCCACCAGAGGAGGAUGGUGGCUUCUCUAUCAAGUCUUACAUCCUUGAGAAGAGAGAGACCAGCCGCCUGCAGUGGACCAAGCUAGCUGAAAACGUCAUGGACUGCAGAUAUGUAGCCGCCAAACUGAUCAAGGGCAACGAGUACAUCUUCAGAGUGUGUGCUGUGAACCAGUGUGGCACUGGAGACUCGAGCCAGUCUGGUCCAGUAAAAAUGGUUGACAGUUACCGCCCACCAGGUCCACCCUCAACCCCAGAGGUUGACAACAUCAGUAGGAACGCUGUCACCAUUUCAUGGAAGAGACCAGUACAGGACGGAGGAAGUGACAUUAGAGGAUAUUGUGUAGAGAGGAAAGAAAGGAGAGGAAUGAGAUGGGUGAGGGCCUGUAAGAGGACGGUCCCUGAUCUGCGCUUUAAGGUGCAGGGCUUAAAUGAGGGAACAGAGUAUGAGUUUAGAGUCACUGCUGAGAACAAGGCUGGAUUUGGGCAGCCAAGUGAGCCAUCACAACCUGUUAUUACCAAGGACAUUGUCUAUCCACCUGGUCCUCCAUCCAACGCCAAAAUUACAGAAACCACAAAAACCACAGCUACCUUCACCUGGGGCCGACCCCACUAUGAUGGUGGUCUUGAAGUAGAUGGAUAUAUUGUUGAGUACAAAAAGGAAGGGCUUGAUGACUGGGAGGUGGAGACACAGUAUCCAUUGAAAGCUACAGAAUACGUUAUUGGUAAACUUCAAAAAGGAGGCAAAUACCACUUCAGAGUCAGCGCUGUUAAUUCCGAGGGAGUUGGCGAGCCUGCAGAGGUUGAGAAAGUGACUGAACUGGUGGACCAGGAGACGCUGCCAGACUUUGAGCUGGAUGCUGAACUCAGGAGAACCCUGGUGGUCAGGGUCCGUGCUUCAAUCCGUAUGUUUGUGCCCAUUAGGGGACGUCCUGUUCCAGAAGUAACCUGGACUAAAGAUGAUACCAACUUGAAAACACGUGCACACAUUGACACCACAGAGUCCUACACUCUACUGGUUGUUCCUGACUGCACCAGAUAUGAUGCUGGAAAGUACAACCUGUGUCUUGAGAAUGUUGCUGGAAAAAAGACCGGAUUUGUUAAUGUCAAGGUUUUGGACACACCAGGACCACCAGUCAAUGUCCAACCUAGGGAGAUCACUAAGAACAGCAUCACCCUCCAGUGGGAAAUCCCCAUAAUCGAUGGUGGUUCUAAGAUUCACAGAUAUGUUAUUGAAAAGAGGGCGGCUACCAAGAAGGCAUACACAGUGCUUACCACUAAAUGGCAGAAGUGUUCCUACAAGUUUACAGACCUUGAAGAGGGAGCUUACUACUACUUCCGUAUCUCUGCUGAGAAUGACCUGGGUGUAGGUGAGCCCGCUGAAUCUCCUGAGCCAAUCAGGGUGUCCCAGGCCCCCACUGCGCCAGAGAACUUGUAUGUUACAGAUGUGACAGCUGAUAGUGCCAGCCUGGCAUGGGCAAAGCCCCUGCAUGAUGGCGGAAGCUUAAUCACAGGAUAUGUCAUUGAGGCCCAGAAGAAGGACACUGAGCAGUGGGUCCAUAUGGGCACCAUCAAGGCUCUGGACUACACUGUCACCGAUCUGAUUGAGGGUGCAGAAUAUACCUUCCGCAUAAUGGCUGUCAAUGCAUCAGGCAGGAGCGACCCACGUGAGAGCAGGCCAGCUAUUAUCAAAGAGCAUACUUCUGCUCCUUCCUUUGACCUGCGUGGAGUGUACCAGAAGACAGUCAUUGCCAAGGCAGGGGACCGCGUCAAGGUGGAGAUUCCAGUGCUCGGCAAACCCAGACCUGAUGUUUCCUGGAAGAAGGGAGACAUAAGGAUCAAGGAGACACAACGAAUCAACAUUGAAACUACACCAACAUCUACUAUCCUCAAUAUCGGUGAGAUCAAGAGGACUGAUGAAGGCCAGUAUUCCAUGACUGGUAAGAACAUGCUGGGUACAGUGACUGAGACGAUCACAGUCCUGGUCCACGACAUUCCAGGUCCUCCCACUGGUCCCAUCAAGCUGGAAGAGGUCUCAUGUGAUUAUGUUCUUAUGUCCUGGGAAGCACCAGAGAGUGAUGGAGGUGUACCUAUCAACAACUAUAUUGUUGAGAUGCGGGAGACUACUGGUACUUCCUGGAUGGAGUUGGCAGCUACAGUGAUCCGCACCACAUUCAAGGCAGCCCGACUCAACACUGGAACCCAAUAUCAGUUCCGUGUCAAGGCCCAGAACAGAUAUGGCAUUGGACCAUGCAUUAUCUCUGAACCAGUGUUGGCUGCCUAUCCAUUUGAUGUGCCAGGCCAGCCAGGCAUUCCUGUGGUCACAUCUUUCAACAAGGAUGCAAUGACUCUGAGCUGGAACGAGCCUUCCUCUGAUGGAGGCAGUGUCAUCCUUGGCUAUCAUGUGGACAGAAAAGAGAAAAACAGCAUUCUGUGGCAGAGGGUCAGCAAAGCUCUUGUUGUCGGAAAUAUCUUCAAAUCAACAGGCCUUGUUGAUGGAAUCGCAUAUGAACACCGUGUUAUUGCUGAAAACAUGGCUGGUCUCAGCAAACCCAGCAAACCCUCUGAUACUAUGUAUGCUUUGGACCCUGUCGACCCACCAGGUAGGCCCGUGGCACUGAAUGUCACCAGACAUGAGGUGACAGUGUCAUGGACCAAACCAGAAGGAGAUGGUGGAUUUUCCAUCACUGGAUACACAGUAGAGAGGAGAGAGAUGCCCAAUGGACGCUGGCUCAAAGCCAACUUCAACAACAUCCUAGAAACCAUCUACACUGUCAGUGGUCUGAUCGAAGAUGCAACUUAUGAAUUCCGAGUGUUUGCUAGAAACUCAGCUGGUGCUGUUAGUGCUCCAUCCCCAACAUCAGAGGCAAUCACAUGCAGAGAUGACAUUGAAGAGCCCAAGCUUGAUGUUGACGCAUCCUAUAGCAGCAAUGUUGUUGUCAUGGCAGGAGAGAUGUUCAAGCUGGAGGCCAGUGUGACUGGCAGGCCACUACCAUCUUUGGUAUGGACCAAGGAAGGAAAGGAGCUUGUUGAUACAGCCAAAAUAGAGAUAAAGACAACUGAUUUCCACACAACUCUAAUGAACAAAGAUUCCCUGAGAAAGGACGGAGGUGUUUUUAUUCUGACUGCCAGCAAUCCUGGUGGAUUUGCCAAGUUUACCUAUAAUGUCAAGGUGCUCGACAGACCUGGACCACCAGACUCCCUCACUGUUACUGACGUCACUGCUGAGAAAUGUGUUCUUAACUGGCUGCAUCCAACACAUGAUGGUGGUGCCAAGAUUGAAUACUUUAUCAUUCAGAGGCGAGAGACCAGUAGGUUGGCAUGGACAAAUGUGGCUACAGACCUUCAGGCAAACAGGCUCAAGGUUACCAAGCUUCUAAAGGGCAAUGAAUACAUCUUUAGAGUAAUGGCUGUAAACAAGUAUGGCGUGGGUGAGCCCCUGGAGUCUGAAGCGGUCAUCUGUGCCAACCCCUAUGUCCCCAGUGACCCACCAACACAGCCUGAAGUCACCAGCAUUACCAAGGACUCCAUGGUCGUCUGCUGGGAGCGCCCUGAACAUGAUGGAGGCAGCAGAAUAAACACAUACAUCAUUGAGAGAAGGGAUAAGACUGGCCUGCGCUGGGUAAAAUGUAACAAGAGGACUGUAACUGACCUGCGUUUCAAGGCCUCUGGCCUCACACCAGAUCAUGAGUAUGAAUUCAGAGUUUUUGCUGAAAAUAAUGCUGGUCUAAGCCAGCCUAGUCCUUCCAGUCCAUUCUACAAAGCAGUAGACACCAUCUUUCAGCCUGGACCUCCAGGGAACCCCAGAGUGCUGGACACAACCAAGUCUUCCAUCACCCUUGCCUGGAACAAGCCUGUCUACGAUGGUGGUUCUGAAAUCACAGGUUACAUUGUGGAGACCUGCCUGCCUGAGGAGGAUGAGUGGACAAUACACACUCCCAAGAAGGGAUGGACAGCCACUUCCUUCACUAUUACCAACUUGAAGGAAAACCAAGAUUACAAAAUCAACAUCUGUGCCACUAACUGUGAGGGAGUGGGAGAGCCCGCUGCUGUUCCUGGAACCCCCAAGGCUGAAGACAGAUUGCUUCCUCCAGAAAUUGAACUUGGAGCAGAGCUGCGUAAGGUGGUCAUCCUCAGAGCCUGUAGCACACUCAGACUCUUUGUUCCAAUUAAGGGCAGACCAGUACCUGAAGUUAAAUGGUCAAGAGAACAUGGAGAAUCCCUAGACCGAGCUCUCAUUGAAAUCACCCCAUCAUUCACCACUCUUCAGGUAGACAAUGUUGACAGGUUUGAUGCCGGUAAAUACAUGGUGACUGUAGAGAAUGCCUCAGGAAGCAAAACAGCCUAUGUUAAUGUCAGGGUGCUAGAUAGUCCUGGAGCACCUCAGAAUCUGAUUAUCAAGGAGGUCACUAGAGAUUCAGUUUCACUCGUUUGGGAUGCACCUCUCAUUGAUGGUGGCUCCAGAGUCCGCAACUACAUUGUGGAGAAGCGUGAGUCACACAGAAAGGCCUACACAACUGUCUGUGCCAGCUGCCAUAAGUCUAGUUGGAAAAUUGGAGACCUGGCGGAAGGAAAACUGUACUCAUUUAGAAUCCUGGCUGAAAAUGAAUAUGGCAUUGGCCUCCCAGCAGAGACUGUUGAACCAAUUAAAGUGUCAGAGAAGCCUCUACCACCAGGCAAAGUGACCCUUCGUGAAGUUACCAGCUCCAGCGUCACACUAACUUGGGAAAAGCCUGACCAUGAUGGUGGGAGCAGAAUCACAGGCUAUAAUGUUGAGAUGCAGGGUAAAGGCAGUGAGAAGUGGAUCCAGGUCAUGGUUGUAAAGACCAAUGAGGCUGUUGUAACUGGCCUUACACAGGGAGAGGAGUACAUGUUCCGUAUCUCAGCUACUAAUGAAAAGGGAGUUAGUGACCCACGUCUUCUUAGUGUGCCUGUGGUGGCUAAAGACCUAGUCAUCUCCCCAACCUUCAAACUGCUUUUUAGCACGUACAGUGUGCUAGCGGGAGAUGAUCUGAAGAUAGAUGUACCAUAUUCCGCCUGUCCCAAGGCUACAGCAACUUGGCUCAAAGAUGGCAUUGCUCUCAAGGAGACAACAAGAGUUAAUGCUGAUGCCACAGGCAAUAACCUUCUCCUGGUUAUUAAGGACGCUUGCAGAGAUGAUGUGGGCACAUACACUAUCAAACUGAUCAACACAGUUGGAGAGGCAUCUACAGACAUCAGUGUUGUUGUUCUAGAUAAGCCUGGUCCUCCAACCGGCCCAAUUAAGAUGGAUGAGGUCACUGCUGACAGCUUGGUCCUGUCCUGGAAUCCACCAGAGUAUGACGGUGGUUGCGCCAUCAACAAUUACAUUGUUGAGAAGAGAGACACAUCUACCACUAACUGGCAGAUUGUGUCAGCUACUGUGGCCAGAACCACUAUCAAGGCAGCCCGUCUGAAGACUGGAACUGAGUAUCAGUUCAGGAUUGCUGCAGAGAAUAGAUAUGGCAAGUCUUCAGUCCUACUCUCUGAAACCAUUGUUGCUCAAUAUCCGUUUGAGGUGCCCCACUCACCACGUUCUGUUGUGGUCCAGUCAGCCACCAAGGAGAGCAUGGUGGUUGUAUGGGAGAAACCUAGCAGUGACGGUGGAAGCAAAAUUAUGGGCUACCACUUGGAGCUCAAAGAGAGAAACAGUAUACUGUGGGUGAAACAGAACAAACAAAUAAUCCCGGAGACCAGAUUUAAGGUUGUUGGCCUUGAGGAGGGUAUUGAGUAUGAGUUCAGAGUAUAUGCUGAGAACAUUGUUGGCCUCAGCAAACCCAGCAAACUGACUGAAAUGCAAGUGGCCAGAGAUCCUUGUGACAGACCAGGAAAACCAGAGGCUGUCAUAGUGACAAGAAAUCAAGUGACACUCAGAUGGACCAAACCUGAGUAUGACGCCGGCAUUAAGAUCACAGGCUAUGUGGUUGAGAAGAAAGAGGGAGCUGGCCGCUGGAUGAAGGCCAGUUUCGCCAAUGUCAUUGAGACCGUAUUUGUUGUCACAGGACUUACUGAAGAACAAAUUUAUGAGUUUCGUGUUAUCGCCAGGAAUGCAGCAGGUGUCUUCAGCCAGCCCUCUGAUUCUACUGGAGCCAUCACUGCCAAGGAUGAGGUGGAUCCACCCAAGAUUGACUUAGAAGCUAAGUACUCCCAGGCUGUGGUGGUAAAUGCUGGAGAGACAUUCAAGCUCGAGGCUGGUGUCUAUGGUAAGCCUGUGCCCACAAUACACUGGAUAAAGGAGGGCAAAGAGAUUGCUGAAGCAGCACGCCUGGAGCUUAAGAACACAGACUUUACAGCUUGUAUAGUUGUUAAAGAAGCUAUCCGUGUUGAUGGAGGUCAGUACACUUUGCUGGUAAAGAAUGUUGGAGGAGUGAAAUCUGUUAACAUUAAUGUCAAGGUCCUGGACAGACCAGGUCCACCCGAUGGCCCUAUCUCUAUCUAUGGGAUCACCAGUGAGAAAUGCUCCAUUGCCUGGAAAUCUCCCUUGCAAGAUGGAGGUAGCGAUGUUUCCCAUUACAUUGUUGAGAGGAGGGAAACCAGCCGACUGGUUUGGACUGUAGUUGAACAAAAAGUUCAGACCCUGAACCUGAAGAUCACAAAACUACUUCCUGGUAAUGAGUAUAUCUUCAGAGUGAUUCCAGUCAACAAAUACGGAGUUGGUGAGCCUCUAGAAUCCGAGCCAAUGAUUGCCAGAAAUCAAUUUGUCACUGCGAACUCUCCAACUGAGGUAGAAGUCUCCACAAUCACCAAAGAGUCCAUGGUGGUGACCUGGGAGAGACCAACUAAUGAUGGUGGCAGUCCCAUCCAGGGAUACGUUGUUGAAAAACGUGACAAAGAUGGUGUGAGAUGGACCAGGUGCAACAAGCGCACAGUGAGUGAGCUGCGUUUCAGAGUGACAGGGCUCCUAGAAAACCACAGCUAUGAAUUCAGAGUUGCUGCUGAAAAUGCUGCCGGUGUUGGCACACCUAGUGCACCAACAGUGUACUACAAAGCAUUGGAUCCUAUCUUCAAAGCAGGCCCACCAAACAACCCCAAGGUGGUGGACACAUCUAGGUCCACUGUUUCCCUGACAUGGGGCAAACCCAUCUAUGAUGGUGGCUGUGAGAUUCAGGCUUACAUUGUUGAGGCCUGCGAUGUAGCAUCUGAUGAGUGGUUUAUAUGCACUCCUCCAACUGGAAUCACAGACACUACGUUUACAGUGAAAAAGCUUCUGGAGAAGCACGAAUAUCAAUUCAGAGUGUGUGCCAUCAACAAAGUUGGUGUUGGUGAGCAUGCUGAUAUUACAGGAAAGAUUCUUCUGGAGGAGAAGCUUGAGGCUCCUGAUCUUGACCUUGAUGCUGAUAUGAGAAAGAUGAUCAACAUUAGAGCAGCAAGCACUCUCAGGCUGUUUGUUCCUGUGAGAGGUCGUCCAGCUCCUGAGGUGAAAUGGGGCAAGGCUGAGGGUGAGAUUAAGGAGACUGCCCAGAUUGACAAUACGGGCAGCUAUGCUUCACUUGUCAUUGAAAAUGUUGACAGAUUUGACACAGGCAAGUACACCCUUACUGCAGAAAAUGCCAGCGGAGUGAAGUCAGUCUUCAUCAGUGUCAGAGUCCUGGACUCACCUAGUCCACCGGCUAACUUCAUUGUGAAAGAGAUUACCAAGAACUCUGUCACUCUCACAUGGGAGCCUCCACUUCUUGAUGGCGGCUCAAGGAUAAAGCAUUAUAUUGUUGAGAAGCGUGAGAGCACUAGAAAGGUUUAUUCUCCCAUCACCACCUGCAACAAGAUGUCAUGGAAAGUUGAGCCUCUCCCAGAGGGUGGAAUUUUCUUCUUCAGAGUCCUGGCUGAGAAUGAAUAUGGGGUGGGUCUCCCUGCUAAAACUAUAGAACCAAUAAAGAUAUCUGAGAAGCCUCAGCCACCUGGUAAAGUUAGUGUUGUUGACGUCACUUCUAGCACUGUAACUCUCACCUGGGAGAAGCCUGAACAUGAUGGAGGCAGUAGGAUCAGUUACUACGAAGUCGAACUGGCACCUAAGGACAGUGAAGCUUGGUCUCUGUGUGCCAGUGGGAAGGCACUGGAGACUGUAGUGACAAACCUACUCAAGGGAGAGGAGUACCAGUUCAGAGUUGUUGCUGUAAAUGACAAGGGCAAAAGUGACCCCAGACAAUUGGCUCAAACUGUUGUAACUAAGGACCUUGUGAUUGAGCCUGCAGUUAGACCCAAAGUGAGCACAUACAGUGUCCAGGUAGGGUACGACCUAAAGAUAGAGGUCCCAAUUGCUGGUCAUCCAAAGCCAACCAUCACUUGGACCAAGGACGGAGCCGCCCUUAAGCAGACCACCAGAGUCAAUGUCACUGACUCAGCACGUCUUACCACUCUCACCAUAAAGGAUGCUACCAAAGAGGAUGGAGGCAUGUACAGCAUCAAUAUCGUCAAUACCCUGGGUUCCAAAGACGCCACUAUUGAGGUGAUUACCCUGGACAAACCAGGCCCACCAACAGGCCCUGUCAAAUUAGAGGAUGUCAGUGCUGAGAGUAUGACUCUUAACUGGGAACCUCCUACAUAUACUGGUGGCUGCCCAAUCUCCAACUAUGUGGUUGAGAAGAGAGACACAACCACAACCAACUGGGUGGUCGUAUCUGCCACUGUGGCCAGAACAACGCUAAAAGUGGCCAAUCUGAAGACAGGCAGUGAAUACCAGUUCAGAAUCUAUGCUGAGAACAGAUAUGGAAAGAGUUAUGCAAUUGAUUCAGAGCCUGUUGUGGCACAGUAUCCGUUCCAGGAGCCUGGCCCACCAGGAACACCAUUUGUGUCUCUGUACUCUAAAGACUAUAUGGUGGUUGAGUGGCACAAGCCCCCAUCUGAUGGAGGCAGUGCCAUAUUGGGCUACCAUCUGGAGAGAAAGGAGAAGAACAGUAUCCUCUGGACCAAGAUCAACAAAAUGCUCAUCCAAGACUGCAGGUUCAAAUCUACUCCUCUUGAGGAAGGCAUCGAGUAUGAGUACAGAGUCUAUGCUGAAAAUAUAGUUGGCAUUGGAAAAUGCAGCAAAGUUUCUGAAGGGUAUGUAGCCCGUGACCCAUGUUAUCCCCCUGGCCGUCCUGAGGCUUUAAUUGUAACUAGGCACUCAGUGAAGCUGAAGUGGACUCCUCCAGAGUAUGACGGUGGAAGCUUAAUUACUGGCUAUGUAGUGGAGAAACGUGACCUUCCUGAAGGAAAGUGGAUGAAAGCCAGCUUUGCAAAUGUCAUUGAACAUGAAUUCACAGUUACUGGCCUAACGGAAGACAGUAAAUAUGAUUUCAGAGUAAUUGCAAGGAAUGGAGCUGGUGCUGUCAGCAAGCCCUCUGAAGGCACAGGAUCCAUCACAGCCAAAGAUGCAAUUGAACCACCUAAGUGUGAGACAGAUUCUAUGUACAACCAGACCAUUGUUAUCAAUGCUGGAGAGACUUUCAGUCUGGAGGCCAGUGUGGAAGGAAAGCCCAUCCCCACAGCUCAGUGGUUCAAGGGAAAUGUUGAAGUUGAAAACUCAGCAAGAGCUGAGCUGAAAAACACUGAUUUCAAGGCUUGGCUCCUUGUUAAGGAUGCCAUCAGAGUGGACGGUGGACAGUACACACUGGUUCUGACUAAUGUGGCUGGAAGUAAGUCUGUUCCAUUCAGUGUGAAAGUCCUGGACAGACCAGGCCCCUCAGAGGGACCUCUUACUGUCAGCAAUGUCACUGAGGAGAAGUGCUCACUGUCAUGGCUGCCCCCCAGGCACGAUGGAGGAGCUAGCAUUUCUCACUAUGUCAUUCAGAAGAGAGAAACCAGCCGCCUGGCAUGGACAGUUGUGUCAAGUGACUGUGGAGCUACCAUGUUCAAGGUUACUAAGCUGUUGAAGGGCAAUGAGUACAUCUUCAGAAUCAUGGCUGUCAACAAAUAUGGCGUGGGCGAGCCUCUUGAAUCAGCUCCAGUUAUCAUGAAAAAUCCUUAUGUUCCCCCUGGCUCACCUCAGGAGCUUGAGAUCACUAAUAUUACCAGGGACUCCAUGACUGUCUGCUGGAACCGCCCUGAAACCAAUGGAGGCAGUGAGAUUGUUGGUUACAUUGUUGAGAAGAGAGACAGAGCUGGAGUGAGGUGGACCAAGUGCAACAAACGUAGAGUGACAGACUUGCGUUUCAGAGUAACAGGUCUGACUGAGGACCAUGAGUAUGAAUUCAGGCUAUCUGCUGAGAAUGCAGCUGGAGUGGGUCAGCCAAGCCCACCUACACCGUACCUCAAAGCCUGUGAUCCCUCCUUUGAACCGGGCUGUCCCACCAAUGCCCAUGUUGUCGACACGACUAAAGACACCAUCAGUCUGGCCUGGCACCGGCCUAUCUAUGAUGGUGGUUGUGAGAUUCAAGGAUACGCUGUGGAAAUUACUAAGGCUGAUGAGGAGGAGUGGAGCAUGUGCACCCCACCCUCCGGAGUUAAUGCUACCAAGUUUACCAUCACCAAGUUGAUAGAGCACCAGGAAUAUAAGGUGCGCAUAUGUGCCAUCAAUAAGCUGGGUGUUGGCGAGGCUACCGAGGUCGAGGGAGUUGUGAAACCUAUCGAUAAGAUUGAACCUCCAGAAGUGAUUCUGGAUUCAGAGCUCAGAAAGGGAAUAGUUGUCCGUGCAGGAGGCUCAAUGAGAAUCUCUGUUCCAUUCAAGGGCCGUCCUGCUCCUGAGAUCAACUGGGCCAAGGAGGAUGGAACACUGCCCAGUAAAGUUCAGAUAGACACUGGUGAAGAUUACACACAGCUCUCCAUUGACAUCUGUGACAAAUAUGAUGCUGGAAAAUACAUUAUCAACUUGGAAAAUAGCGCUGGCACCAAAUCAGCCUUUGUCUCUGUUAAAGUUCUGGACACUCCAGGGGCCCCUCUGAAUCUAACCGUAAAAGACAUUAAGAGGGAAAGUGUCACUCUGACGUGGGAGCCUCCUCUUAUUGAUGGUGGUGCAAGAAUCAAAAAUUAUCUUGUUGAGAAGCGCGAGUCUACCAGGAUAGUUUACUCUAACGUGGACAACAAGUGCACAAAGACAAGCUACCGUAUCACUGGCCUCACUGAGGGAACCAUCUACUAUUUCAGAGUAUUGGCAGAGAACGAGUUUGGUGUGGGACAGGGAGCUGAGACAGAAGACCCAGUUAAGACCUCUGAACCUCCUCUGUCAGUGGGUAAGGUCACUUUGACUGAAGUGACCAAAACCUCUGCCUCCUUCUCCUGGGAGAAGCCAGACCAUGAUGGAGGCAGCAGAAUCAUGGGCUAUUACAUUGAGAUGCAGCCUGUGGGUUCAGAAGAAUGGGUGGUAGCUGCCACAACCAAAACUUGUGAGGGCACUGUCACAGGCCUAAGUGCAGGGCAUGAGUACCUGUUUAGAGUGUCAGCUUUCAAUGAGAAGGGCAAGAGUGACCCAAGGCCUCUGGCUGCACCAGUCACUGCUAAAGAUGUAACUAUUAAGCCCAGAUUCAAGAUGACGUUCAACACAUACAGUUUACAGUCAGGUGAGGAUCUGAAGAUGGAGAUUCCAGUGAUUGGACGUCCUGUUCCCACAGUUGAAUGGAAGAAGGAUGGGCAUGCUCUUAAGGAGACAACCAGACUGAAUGUAUUAAGCACAGCAUCAUCUACUAAGCUUUGCAUCAAGGAUGCAAAUAAGGAAGACUCUGGUAAAUACACCAUAACAGCCACCAGCAGUAUAGGAACAGCUACAGAGGAGAUUACUGUCAUUAUUCUUGAAAAGCCUGGCCCACCCACAGGCCCUGUGAAGAUUGAGGAAGUUAGCUCUAAUCAUGUCACACUCUCCUGGGAGCCACCAGAGUAUACCGGAGGUUGUCAGAUCAACAACUACAUUGUGGAGAAGAGAGACACCACCACAACAGCAUGGCAAAUUGUGUCUGCUACUAUUGCCAGGACAACCAUCAAAGUCAGCAACUUGAAGACUGGAACUGAGUAUCAAUUCAGAGUGUCGGCUGAGAACAGAUAUGGAAAGAGUCCUGCCAUUGUCUCUCCCACUGCUAUUGCUCAGUAUCCAUUCAGUGUGCCUGCUGCCCCAGAAGCACCAUUUAUUUCUGCUGCAACCAAGGAUAAUAUGGUUGUUGAGUGGAAACCUCCAACCAACAAUGGUGGCAGCCCAGUCCUAGGCUAUCACCUUGAGAGAAAGGAGAAGAACAGCCUCCUGUGGACUAAACUCAACAAACUUCUAAUCCCAGACACACGUUUCAAGACUACAGAGCUGGAAGAAGGUAUUGAGUAUGAAUUCAAAGUUUAUGCUGAGAACAUCGCUGGACUCAGCCCAGCAAGCAAGGUCUCUGAAAGCACUGUAGCCAGGGACCCCUGUGACCCACCAGGCACUCCAGAGGCCAUUCAAAUUACCAGAAAUCAUGUCACACUUCAGUGGACCAGGCCUCAGUAUGAUGGAGGCAGCGCAAUUACUGGCUAUCUGAUCGAAAGGAGGAAGCACCCAGAUACUCGCUGGAUGAAAGCCACUUUCACCAACAUCAUUGAUACGCAGUUCACACUCACUGGCCUGACUGAGGACUGUGUUUACGAGUUCAGAGUCGUUGCCAGGAACGCUGCAGGCAUUUCCAGCCGUCCUUCUCAGAGCACAGGAGAAAUUACUGCUAAAGAUGAAAUUGAGGCUCCAGAGGUCACCAUGGAUUCUAAAUUCAAAGAUCUAACUGUUGUUAGUGCUGGUGAGACAUUUGUCAUUGAUGCUGACUUCACUGGCAAGCCUCUGCCUGAAGUCACUUGGAUAAAGGAUGGAAAGGAGAUUGAUAAAACCACACCAAGAAUGGAGGUCAAGACCACACUCACACGUACUAUCCUGACAGUCAAGGAAUGCGUCAGAGUGGACGGUGGCCACUUUGUCCUCAAACUUGUCAAUGUGGGAGGAGUCAAGAUGAUUCCAGUUAAUGUUAAAGUUCUGGAUAGACCUGGUCCUCCAGAUGGCCCACUUGAAGUUAAAGGGGUCACAGCUGAAAAAUGUUAUCUGCACUGGAGCCAUCCCUCACAUGAUGGUGGAGCCAGCAUCUCUCACUACAUCAUUGAGAAGAGAGAGACCAGUCGUUUGUCAUGGACCGUUGUUGAGCCCAAGAUCCAGGCCAUCAGCUACAAAAUCACAAAACUGCUGCCUGGCAAUGAAUACAUCUUUAGAGUCACUGCUGUGAAUAAAUAUGGCAUUGGUGAGUCUUUGGAAUCUGAGCCUGUUAUUGCUCGUAACCCCUUCACCACUCCCAGUGCCCCCUCCACCCCAGAGCCAAGCGCUAUCACUAGGGACUCCAUAGUGCUUACAUGGGAGAGACCAGAGCAUAAUGGAGGAGCUGAGCUUGAAGGAUAUAUCCUUGAAAAACGUGAUAAGGAUGGCAUCAGAUGGACUAAAUGCAACAAGAAGAGGCUGAGUGACCUGAGAUUCAGAUGCACUGGCCUCACAGAGGGCCACUCUUAUGAAUUCAGGAUCUCAGCUGAAAAUGCUGCUGGUGUGGGAAAACCUAGCGCACCAACUGGAUACAUCAAGGCCUGUGAUGCCAUUUACCCACCAGGACCUCCAAAUAACGCCAAAGUCACUGGCCAUUCAAGCACUACAGUCUCUCUGUCCUGGUCCAGGCCUAUCUAUGAUGGCGGAGCACAGAUCAGCGGAUAUGUUGUUGAAAGGAAGGAGGCAACAGAUGAUGAAUGGAUCACUUGCACACCACCAAGUGGUGUUCAAGCCACCCAAUAUACAGUAAAGCAUCUAAAGGAGAAUGCAGAGUACAACUUCCGCAUCUUUGCUUUUAACUGUGAGGGAGUAGGAGAGCAUUUGGACUUACCUGGUUCUGUGAUUGCCGCGGAGAAGCUGGAGGCUCCUGAAAUUGAACUAGAUGCUGACCUGAGGAAGAUGGUCAAUGUCCGUGCCUCUGCCACCUUGCGUCUGUUUGUGACAAUCAGAGGAAAGCCUGAGCCUGAGGUCAGAUGGUCAAAGGCUGAUGGCACUUUAAAUGAGCGUGCCCAAAUUGAAGUCACAAGCUCUUACACAAUGCUGGUGAUUGAGAAUGUCGAUAGAUUCGACACUGGCAAAUAUGUACUGACCCUUGAGAACCUCAGUGGCUCCAAAUCAGCUUUCAUCAAUGUAAGAGUUCUGGACUCCCCUAGCACUCCUACCAACCUUGUAGUUAAGGAUGUGAAGAGAACUUCUGUCUCUCUCUCCUGGGAGCCUCCUCUAAUAGACGGUGGGGCUAAGAUAUCACACUAUAUUGUGGAGCAGAGAGAGCAGAAGAGAAUGGCUUUCACCAGUGUUUGCACAAACUGUGUGAGGAACUCGUACAUUAUAUCUGACCUGCAGGAAGGAGGCCGAUAUUAUUUCCGUGUGUUGGCUGUGAAUGAGCUGGGAGUAGGCCUGCCUGCCUCCACGGAUCAAGUCAAAGUGGCUGAGGCUCCUUUGCCUCCUGGAAAGGUUGUCCUGGUUGAUGUGACUCGUCACACUGUCACUCUUUCCUGGGAGAAACCAGAUCAUGAUGGAGGCAGCAAGAUAACAAACUUUAUUGUGGAGAUGCAGCCCAAGGGAGAUGACAAAUGGACUGUUUGCAGUGAAGUCAAAGCACUGGAAGCUACUAUUGGUGGACUCACAAGUGGAGAGGAAUACUCCUUCAGGGUGUUUGCAGUGAAUGAUAAGGGCAAGAGUGAUGCCAAGCCUCUGGCUACCCCUGUGGUGGUGAAAGACAUCACAGUGGAACCCACCAUCAACCUGUUGUACGACACAUACAGUGUAAAAGCCGGAGAUGACCUGAAGAUUGAUGUUCCCAUCAAAGGCAGACCUCAGCCUGAAGUGUCCUGGAAGAAGGACGGCCAGGUGCUAAAGCAGACGACCAGGGUCAAUGUUCUUACUUCCAAGACCUCAUCCAAGAUUAUCAUCAAGGAAGCAACCAAGGAGGAUAAAGGAAAUUAUGAGAUUACUCUGACAAACUCACUUGCCACCAAGACAGCUGUAGUCCACGUUGUAAUCCUUGACAAACCUGGCCCACCCAGCAACAUUAGGAUGGAUGAGGUGAGCGCUGACUUUAUCACACUGUCCUGGGAUCCUCCAACCUAUAGCGGUGGAUGUCAAAUUAACAACUAUGUGGUGGAGAAAAGAGACACUACCACAACCUCAUGGCAGAUUGUCUCAGCGACAGUAGCCAGGACAUCAAUCAAGGUGGCUCGUCUCACUCAGGGAACAGAGUAUCAGUUCCGUAUUGCAGCUGAGAACCGUUAUGGCAAGAGUUCAGCCAUUGACUCUGCUCCUGUUGUUGCUCAGUAUCCCUUCGAGCCUCCUGGCCCACCUACCAACGUCCAUGUUUCCCAUGCCACCAAGUAUGGCAUGCUUGUGGUAUGGGGCAGACCUGCCAGUGAUGGUGGCAGCCCUGUAAUUGGUUACCACAUUGAGUGCAAAGACCAAAGCAGCAUCCUGUGGACCAAGGUCAACAGAGGUCUGCUGGCUGAGAACCAGUUUAAGAUGACAGGCAUUGAAGAAGGACUGAUGUAUCAGUUCAGAGUGUAUGCUGAGAAUAUUGCUGGAAUUGGUCCAUGCACUAAGGCCAGUGACCCUGUGGCAGCCAGGGAUCCAUGUGAAUCUCCACGUAACCUUAGAGUCACCAACAUUACCAGGACUUCAGUUUCCCUCUUCUGGGAUAAGCCAGAAUAUGAUGGCGGAGUAAAGAUAACUGGCUACAUUGUUGAGCGUAAAGAACUUCCUGAUGGCCGCUGGCUGAAAUGCAACUUCACCAACCUGCAAGACACUUACUUUGAUGUCACAGGCCUCACAGAAGAUGUCCAAUAUGACUUCCAUGUCAUUGCUAAGAAUUCUGCAGAGCUAUUGAGUGCUCCAUCUGAGAGCACUGGUCCUGUCACAGUCAAGGAUGAUGUAGACCCUCCAACUAUUAUCAUGGAAGAUAAGUUCAGACAGCUGGUUGUUGUUAAGGCUGGAGAGAUCAUUCAGAUUGAUGCUGAAAUCACAGGCCGUCCACUCCCGGUUGUCUCAUGGUCGAAGGAUGGAAAGGAGAUUGAGGCGAAGGCCAGGUGUGAAAUCACCUCCACCAACUUUGCAACCACAUUAAUUGUCAGAGAUGCCAUCAGGAGGGACUCUGGCCAGUAUGUCCUGACCCUGCACAAUGUGGCAGGAACUAGGUCUGUGGCUGUCAACUGUAAAGUUUUGGACCGACCUGGACCUUCCUCAGGACCAAUGACAGUGUCUGGCCUCACAGCCGAGAAAUGCACCAUAACAUGGGGUCCGCCUCAGGAGAACGGUGGUGCUGAAAUCAUGCACUACAUUGUUGAGAAACGCGAGACCAGUCGUCUCGCCUGGACUCUUGUCUAUGGUGACAUGAAGGCAACCACCUGUAAAGUAACCAAACUGCUCAAAGGAAAUGAGUACAUCUUAAGAGUCAGGGGAGUCAACAAAUAUGGGGAGGGUGAGGCCCUGGAAAGUGAGCCAAUAAAGGCCGUGGAUCCAUUCACUGUGCCUGCAUCUCCCACUAAUGUUCAGGUCACCUCAGUUACAGGUGAGGCAAUGACCAUCUGUUGGGAAAGACCAACUUCUGAUGGUGGCAGCAGUAUCUCUGGCUAUGUCAUUGAAAAGCGAGAGAAGACUGGCCUUCGCUGGUGCCGUGUCAACAAGAAACCUGUUUAUGAUCUCAGAGUCAAAGCUUCACACCUUCGUGAAGGCAGUGAGUAUGAAUACAGAGUUUUUGCAGAGAACGCUGCUGGCCUUAGUGCUCCCAGCAUCCCUUGCCCACUCACCAAGGCUGAAGACCCACAGUUCCUGCCUUCACCUCCUGCUAAGCCUAAGAUCAUCGACUCUACAAAGACCACAGUCACCUUGUCAUGGAAUAAACCAUUAUUUGAUGGUGGAGCACCUGUUACUGGUUACAGAGUCGAAUACAGGAAUACUUUAGAUGAUGAAUGGAUUGUUGGAGUCCAGAAUACCAAGAACACAGAGUUUACAGUGGUUAAAUUGACACCUGGUACUGAAUAUGUGUUUGUUGUCAAGUCCAUAAACAAGAUUGGAGUCAGUGAGCCCAGUCCUGAGACAGACAAACAAAUCGCCAAAGAAAGAGAGGAAGAGCCGGUCUUUGACAUCAGCAAUGAAAUGAGGAAGACUCUUAUUGUGAAGGAUGGAAGCUCAUUUACCAUGACAGUGCCCUUCAGAGGCAAACCCAUCCCCAGUGUUACAUGGUCUAAGCCUGAUGUUGACCUUAGAGUUCGUGCUGCCAUUGAAACCACAGACACCUUCACCUCUAUCACCGUGGAGAAAGCAACUCGCGAUGACUCUGGCAAAUACACCAUCACCUUGUCUAGCGUAGUUGGAACAACCUCCGCAACACUCAAUGUCAGAGUUUUGGAUUCCCCUGGACCUCCUGCCCGUGUAGAGGUCAAGGACGUGACGAGGACCUCUGCUACUGUAACCUGGGACACUCCUGAGAAUGAAGGAGGAGGACCAGUCAAGAACUACCUUGUUGAUAUCCGUGAGGCCAGCAAGAAAGGCUGGACCAGGUUGACUGACACAUGCCACAGAAUGACAUACAAGGUAACAGACGUGCAGGAGGGAGAAGUCUACUAUUUCAGAGUGACGGGCGAGAAUGAGUACGGUGUUGGUGUUUCUGCUGAGACCACAGUAGGAACCAAGAUCACAGAAAAACCAAGCCCACCACCCAAGCUGGGUGUGACUGAUGUGACCAAGGAGAGUGUCUCGCUGGCCUGGGCUAAACCAGAACAUGACGGAGGCAGCAGAAUUACUGGGUACCUGGUGGAAGCUCUGGAGAAAGGCCAGGAGAAGUGGGUUAAGUGUGGUGUAACCAAGUUCAUACACUUGACAGUGUCUGGUCUGAGGGAGAAUGCUGAGUACUUCUUCAGAGUCAGAGCAGAGAACCACGCUGGUUUCAGUGAUAUUAAGGAAAUGAUCACCCCAGUAGUGGUCAAAGACCAGCUUGAAUCUCCUGAGAUCGACAUGAAGAACUACCCCCACAACACAGUGUAUGUUAGAGCCGGCUCCACACUCAAGUGUGAGAUUCCACUGACAGGCCGGCCUUUGCCUAAAGUCACCCUGUCCAAGGAUGACGUGCUGCUAAAGUCAACAAUGAGGUUCAACUCUGAAGUCACUCCUGACAGCAUCAAGAUAAUUUUGCGCGAGAGCAUUGCUGGAGACACAGGACGCUACGAUAUCAUCGCCUCCAACUCCAAUGGAACCACCAAAUCCUUUUUGAAUAUUAUGGUUCUGGAUCGCCCCAGUGCCCCAGUUGGACCUGUGGAGCUCUUUGAUGUCACAGAGGACAGCGUGAGCCUGAAUUGGCUCCCACCGACAUAUGAUGGUGGCAGCCCUAUCACCAACUACAUAAUCCAGAAGAGAGAGACAACCACUGCCAACUGGAUUGAUGUUUCUUCUGCUGUGGCCCGAUGCACCAUGAAGAUCAUGAAGCUGACCACUGGUCUUGAGUACCAGUUCAGAAUCAGGGCUGAGAACAGAUAUGGAAUCAGUGAGCACAUUGACUCGCCGACUGUCGCUGUCAAUCUUCCUUAUACUAUUCCUGAAGCUCCGUCAACUCCGGAGAUCACUAAUGUAACUAGGGAGACCAUCACUGUAGCCUGGAAGGAGCCAAAGUCAGAUGGUGGCAGCCAUGUGUUUGGCUACCAUCUCCAGAUGAAAGACAGGAACAGCAUCCUUUGGCAGAGAGUCAACAAAACGGUGAUUCGUGCUACACACUUAAAGGUCUCCAACAUCAAUGCUGGACUUAUUUAUGAGUUCAAGGUGGCAGCAGAGAACGCUGCUGGAAUAAGUGCCUUCAGCAAGAUUUCUGAUGCAGUUCUGGCUAUUGAUGCCUGUGAGCCACCCAUCGACUUGCGUAUAAGUGACAUCACCAAGAACACCAUUAGCCUGGCCUGGCAUAGGCCCACCUACGAUGGCGGAUCCCCGAUCACUGGUUACAUCAUUGAGAAGAGAGAGGGCGUUAGUGCUAAGUGGUCCAAGGCUAACCUCACCAAUGUCACAGACACCCGCUUCGCUGUGACUGGCCUAACCCAGGACGAGUCAUACGAGUUUAGAGUCAUGGCGAGGAAUGCUGUUGGCUCAGUGAGCAAUCCAUCCAUAACUGCUGGACCAGCCACAUGCGUGGAUACCUAUGGUGCACCAGAGAUUGAAAUACCGCAAGAGUACUUCAGCGAGGUCAAGUACAGGGCUGAAUCUAAUGUGGAGCUCAAGUUUAAUAUCACAGCCAAACCUGCUCCCACUAUUGAGUGGUUUAAGGAUGGCAGAGAGCUUGAGCCUAGCGCCCAGCUCUCUUUCAAACACACAUUUGAGUCCACCAGCUUGUUCCUGAAGGACACCACUCGUCUGAACUCUGGAUUGUACGAGGUCAAGGUGAAGAACUCCAUGGGAACCGCAUCUGCCACUGUCAGACUGCUCAUUCAAGACAAGUCCGGCCCCCCUGCUGGAGAGAUUCAGUUCAAGAAGGUGACAGCCAACAACAUCACCAUCAUGUGGUCCCCUCCUGCUGAUGAGGGUGGUGCCAUGGUAACGCAUUAUAUUGUGGAAAAGAGAGAGACGAGCAGAAUCAUGUGGUCUAUCGUCUCAGAGAAACUGGUCGAUUGCAUUGUUAACGUGCCCAGACUCAUCCCGGGCAAUGAGUACAUCUUCAGAGUCCGUGGAGUCAACAAGUACGGCAUUGGAGACCCAUUGGAGUCUGAACCUAUCAUCGCCAAGAAUGCAUUUGUUCCUCCAAGCGAGCCAUCUAAGCCUAAAGUGACCAUGAUCACCAAGUCCACCAUGACAGUGAUCUGGGAAAGACCAGCGCUGGAUGGAGGCAGCGACAUCGACGGCUACUAUCUGGAGAAGAGGGAGAAGAAGAGUCUGCAGUGGUUCAAGGUGGUGAAGGGAACCAUCAGAGACACCAGGCAAAAAGUCACUGGCCUGAUGGAGAAUUGGGAGUACCAGUACAGAGUUUGUGCAGUCAACAAGGCUGGAGCAGGAAACUACUCUGAGGCUUCUGAACUCUACAAGGCCUACGAUCCCAUCGAUCUGCCUGGUGAGCCAUCCAAGCUGCGUGUACUCGACUCCACAAAGACCUCCAUCACCCUCGGCUGGGAGAAGCCCGUCUAUGAUGGCGGCAGUGAAAUCACACACUACAUUUUGGAACAGAUGAACACAGAGGAAAAAGAAUGGGUGAUCACCAACCCACAGGUCAAGGACUGUGAAUAUGUGGUGUCUCACCUCAAACCUGGAGUCUACUACUACUUCAGAGUCUCUGCUGUCAACGCCAAGGGCAAAGGAGAAGACAUCAAGAUGUACCAGCCUUUGCAAGCCAAAGAUAUCUUGGAGGAGGCCGAUUUGGACUUGGAUGUUCCCAUGACGACCCAUUACACAGUCAGGGCCGGCCGUGAUGUGGAAGUGUUUAUCCCUCUGAAGGGACGUCCCGCUCCCGGCGUCACGUGGCGCCGUGGUGACCGCAACAUAGCCGGUGACAACCGCUACACCAUCACCAACACUGAGCGAGCCACCACGCUCCUCAUCCCCAAGAUCACCCGUGACGACCGCGGCAAGUACCUGCUGGAGAUUGAGAAUGGUGUGGGAGAACCCAAGAUAAUCACCGUUUCCAUUAAAGUUCUGGACAGUCCAGCCACAUGCCAGAAACUGUUGAUCAAGAACGUGACGAGAGGACAGCUGACGCUAAGCUGGGAGGCUCCUCUCAUCGAAGGCGGUUCCUCCGUCACUCAUUACAUCGUCGAGAAGAAGGCAUCCACUAUGAAGGCUUACCAGGUGAUCUGUGCCGAAUGUACCAACACAACUUACAAGGUGUCGGGGCUGGAGGAGGAUGUAGCUUACUUCUUCCGUGUGUCUGCUGAAAAUAUGUAUGGUGUGGGAGACACCUGCGAAACCACCGAGCCUGUAAGAGCCACCGAAACUCCUGGAGCCGUUAAAAACCUGGUGAUGCUGGACUCUACGAAGACCUCUGUCACCCUGCAGUGGACUAGACCCGACCACGACGGUGGUAGCCACAUCACCGAAUACAUCGUUGAAAAGAGAACCCAGGAAGAUCCCACAUGGACUUUGGGGGGGACAUGCAAGCGCUUCACCUGCGAGGUGACGGGACUGAAAGAGAACGCUGUCAUGGACUUCAGAGUGUUCGCCAAGAACGAGAAGGGCAACAGUGACUUCUCCCAGAUUGGUCCGAUCACCGUGAAGGACUUCGUCAUUCUACCUGAGGCCAACCUCAUUGACUACCCCAACGGAGAGCUUCCUGUUCGUGUCGGUCAGAACAUCCACAUCGAGUUGCCCUUCAAGGGUAAACCCAAACCUGCAAUCAGCUGGCUGAAGGAUAACUUGCCUCUGAAGGAAAGUGACAAGAUUCGCUUCAGGACUACUGACAAUAAGACUGCAGUCACUGUCAGAGGAGCCAAGAAGGAGCAUGCCGGCCAGUACACCUUGGUUCUGGACAACAGAGUCGUCAAGAACUACUACGACAUCAAUGUGACCAUUCUGUCCCCCCCUUCGGUGCCUUGUGGUCCCGUCCGUUUUGAUGAGAUUAAAGCCCAGAGCAUCAUCAUUUCCUGGGAUGAGCCGAAGGACAAUGGAGGUGGUGAGAUCACCUGCUACAGCGUGGAGAAACGUGAGACCUCCCAGGCCAACUGGAAGAUGGUUUGCUCCAGUGUUGUCAGGGCCAACUUCAAGAUUCCCAACCUGGUCAAGGGAACUCAGUACCAGUUCAGAGUCCGUGCAGAGAACAAGUACGGAGUCAGUGAAGCACUCACCUCCACAGAAGUCAUUGCCCAGCACCAGUACAAACCUCCAGGGCCUCCAGCAAAACCAGUGGCCUAUAACAUCACCUGUGAUGGUAUGACCAUCAAGUGGGAGGCCCCAGGCUUUGACGGAGGAUCCCCCAUUUUAGGCUAUCAUGUUGAAAAGAAGGACAGAAACAGCCUCCUUUGGCAGAAGGUGAACUCCACCAUCAUCUCCAAACGAGAGUACAGGAUCAUUGGUCUCAUCGACGGUCUGGAGUACUCCUUCAGAGUUUACGCUGAGAACAACGCCGGACUUAGCCCUGUUAGCGAACAGAGCAAACAUGCACUCGCUGUCUCCCCUGUUGAUCCACCUGGCACCCCUGUCUGCAUCGAUGUAACCAGAGACUCAGUCACACUGCAGUGGGACAUCCCCAAGAGGGACGGUGGAAGCAACAUUGUAGGCUACAGUGUGGAGAGGCGCCAAGGCAGAGGCAAAUGGCUGCGAUGCAACUUCACUGAUGUCUCCGAGACCCAGUUCACAGUGACGGGUCUGUCUGCUGGAGACAGAUACGACUUCAGAGUCAUUGCCAGGAAUGCUGUGGGCACCGUCAGUCCACCAUCCAACUCCUCUGGAUCCAUUAUGACCAAGGACGAGAGCAUUUCUCCUGAUAUCGUGUGGUCUCCAGACCAGGCGCUUACCCUGAGGGCCGGUGAGAACAUCAAGCUCAGUUGCAGAAUCACUGGACGUCCCCUCCCCCAGAUCAUCUGGUACAAAGACGGCAAAGAGGUGGACAAGAGGACCAUGUUUGACAUUGAGAUUACCACCGGCAUUGGCACCAGCAGCGUUUUUGUUCGCGGUGCUGACAGGAGCCAUCGUGGCAUCUACACCAUAGAGGCCAAGAACAGCUCUGGUUCCAAGAAAGCUGAAGUCAACGUCAGAGUACAAGAUACCCCCGGACCUGUUGAUGGUCCCAUCCGUUUCACCGGCAUCACUGCUGAGAAGUGCACUGUGUGGUGGAACCCGCCGGAGAACGACGGCUGUGCCGUCAUCACCCACUACGUGGUGGAGAAAAGGGAGACAUCCAGGAUCUCCUGGGCCACAGUCACCUCCAAAUGUGAAGCCUGUUCUUACAACGCCGCCAACCUCAUCAAGGGCAACGAAUACCAGUUCAGGAUCUCUGCUGUCAACAAGUUCGGUGUUGGCAAACCACUCGACUCUGAUGCCUUUAUCGCACAGAUGCAAUACACUGUGCCUGACGCCCCUGGUACCCCAGAUGCCACCCAUGUGACCGGAAACAGCAUCACCUUGUGCUGGACCAGGCCGAGGACGGACGGAGGCAACGAGAUCAAACACUACAUCCUGGAGAGGAGGGAGAAGAAGAGCCUGCGCUGGCUAAAGGUUUCCUCCAAGAGGCCCAUCACAGAGCUGAGACACCGUGUCACCAACCUGACGGAGGGCAAUGAAUAUGAGUUCCGCGUCAUGGCUGAGAACGGCGCAGGCAUCGGACCGACUAGCAGUACUUCCAGGCUCUUCAAAUGCAGAGAACCAACCAGUGCUCCCAGUGCCCCCACACUAAUCAAGGUCACUGACUCCACCAAGUCCUCCAUCACUCUGGAAUGGACCAAGCCAGUGUUCGACGGUGGCUUGGAGAUCAUUGGCUACAACAUCGACAUGUGCAAGGCCAGUCUGGAGGAGUGGCACAGAGUCAACAACCAGCUGUGCAUCCACACCAGCUACACCGCCAAGGGCCUGACGCCUGGUGAGCUUUACAAGUUCAGGGUCAGUGCUGUGAACAAGUCGGGAGAGGGCGAUGCCUCCGUGUUGGCGAGCGCCGUUCAGGCUCUGGACAGACUGAGAUCUCCCGAGAUCGACAUCGAUUCCAACUUCAAGCAGACUCACAUUGUGAAGAACGGCGGCACUGUCACGCUCCAGAUUGCCUUCCGCGGCAAACCAGCUCCCCUCGCCACCUGGUCGAAGAUAGAUGGCGAACUUCCCGUCAUGGGCGACAUCAACACCACAGACUGCAUGUCGACUCUGACCAUUGAGGGGUGCACCAGGUAUGAAGCCGGCAAAUACACCCUGUCCCUGGAGAACAACAGCGGGCGCAAGGCCAUCACGUUCACUGUCAAAGUGCUGGACACGCCCGGACCUCCCGGAGCUUUCAACUUCAAAGACAUUACUCGCGGAGCCUUGACGAUAAUGUGGGACGCCCCGACCAAUGAUGGCGGAGCCCGGAUCCACCACUACAUGGUGGACAAACGUGAGGCGAGCCGCCUGGCCUGGCAGGAAGUCAGCACCAAGUGCUCGCGGCAGAUGAUUAGGGUGACCGGUCUGGACGUCGGCGUGCCGUAUCUGUUCAGGGUGACCGCCGUGAACCAGUACGGCCAGGGAGAACCUCACGAGAUGACGGAGCCCAUCAUCGCCACGGAAGAACCCACGCCGCCCAAGAGACUAGACGUUGUCGACACAACCAACUCCUCGGCCUCGCUGGUGUGGCUGAAGCCCGAGCACGAUGGAGGCAGCCGCAUCCGAGGCUACAUCGUUGAAUUCAGAGCUAAAGGCACCGACCGCUGGGUUGUUGGCGGAGAGACCAAAUCCCAGAAGAUGCUGUUGGAGGGUCUGAUUGAAAACACAGAGUACGACUUCAGAGUCAAAGCCAAGAACGACGCUGGAAUCAGCGAGCCGCAAGGCACCUUCGGCUCCGUGGUCAUCAAGGAACCUCGCAUCGAACCGACUGCCGACCUCAGUGGCAUCACUAACCAGCUGGUCACCUGCAAGAUGUCCAACACCUUCACCAUCGACAUCCCCAUCAGCGGCCGGCCGGCGCCCAAAGUCACCUGGAAGCUGGAGGAGAUGAAGCUGAAGGAGAACGACCGCGUCUCCAUCAGAACCACCAAGGAGACGACCACUCUGGUGGUGAGAGACAGCAAGAGGAGCGACAGCGGCAAGUACUACCUGAUCUUGGAGAACGCCGCAGGCGUGAAGACGUUCACAGUGACUGCGAUGGUUGUCGGCAGACCGACUCCGCCCACAGGCCCCGUGAAGAUCUCUGAAGUGUCGUCCGAGUGCUGCACCCUGUCCUGGGACGAGCCGGCCGACGAUGGCGGCAGCGACAUCACCAACUACAUCGUGGAGAAACGAGAGUCCGGCUCCGCCUCCUGGCAAGUCGUGAACUCCAGCGUGAAGAGAACCACCAUCAAAGUGACUCACCUCACCAAGUACAUGGAGUACACCUUCAGAGUGUGCGCCGAGAACAAGUUCGGAGUCAGCAAGUCCACCGAGUCUGCUGCCGUCGUCAUCGAGCAUCCAUUCGUUCCUCCAAGUCCUCCAAGUCGUCCAGAUGUGGUCUCUGUGUCCGCUAACGCCAUCAACAUCAAAUGGGACUUGCCCUACGCCGAUGGUGGCAGCAAGGUGUCGGGCUACUGGAUCGAGAAGAAGGAGAGGAACACGAUCCUGUGGGUGAGGGAGAACAAGCUGCCCUGCCUCGAGUGCCAUUACAAGGUAUCCAACCUGAUCGAAGGCCUGGAGUACCAGUUCAGGGUGUACGCCAUGAACAUCUCCGGACUCAGCAAGGCCAGCGAGGCUUCCAGACCCGUGGUGGCGCUCAAUCCUGUUGAUCCUCCUGGUAAACCCGAGGUGACGGACAUCACCCACUCCUCCGUGUCGCUGUGCUGGACCGUGCCGGCCAACGAUGGCGGCAGCAAGAUCGUCGGUUAUGUGGUGGAGAGGAAAGUCUACAGCGCAGAUGAAUGGGACGACAACCGCUGGCUCAAGUGUAACUACACUACCAUCAGCGAGAACUACUUCACUGUCACCAACCUGGGAGAGGGAGAGAUCUACGAGUACCGCAUCAUCGCCAAGAACGCCGCCGGUGUCCACAGCGCUCCCUCCGAGAUCAUCGGACCAAUCACAUGCAAGGAUGAAUACUCUCCACCGAAAGCCGAGCUGGACAGCAAGCUGAUUGGCGAGACGGUCAUCGUCACCGCCGGCUCAGACCUGGUGCUGGACGGCGCCGUGGGCGGUAAACCCGAGCCCACGGUCUAUUGGUCCAAGGGAGACAAGAUGCUGGAGCUCGGGGAGAAAUACUCGCUGACCUACACCGCCACCAGAGCCAUGGCUGUCAUCAAGAGCUGCGACCGCUACGACACGGGCCGAUACAUCCUGACGGUGAAGAACGCCAGCGGAGUCAAGACGGCCGCCGUCAGCGUUAAAGUCCUGGACACUCCUGGCGCUCCGGCCGAUAAGAUCGUGAUCAGCAGAGUGACGGAGGAGAAGUGCACCGUCUCCUGGAAGAUUCCUCUGGAGGACGGCGGAGACAUCGUCUCCCACUAUAUCGUGGAGCGCCGCGAGACCAGCCGCCUCAACUGGGUCAUCAUGGAGAGCGAGUGCAAGACGCUGUCGUGCGUCAGCAGCCGGCUGAUCAAGAACAACGAGUACGUCUUCAGAGUCAGAGGAGUCAACAAGUACGGCGUCGGAGUUCCUCUGGAGUCUGAUCCCGUCAUCGCCAGGAACGCCUACACCAUCCCGUCCCAGCCGGGCACCCCCGAGGCUACGGGCGUGGCUAAAGAGCACGUCGUCAUCGAGUGGCUGAAGCCCGAGAGCGACGGAGGCAGCGAGAUCAAAACCUACCUGGUGGACAAACGAGAGGCCAGCAGCACCAGGUGGACUCGGGUGAACAAGAACUACACCAUCUACGACACACGUCUGAAGAUCACGGGCCUGCUGGAGGGAAGCGAGUACCAGUUCAGGGUGACGGCGGUCAACGCCGCCGGGGACAGCCAGCCGAGCGAUGCCUCGGCCUACAUCCUCUGCAAAGACCCCACAUAUACCCCGGCUCCUCCAUCCAUGCCUCGUAUCACGGACACGACCAAGCACAGCAUCAGCAUGACGUGGACGCGGCCCAUGUACGACGGUGGCUCGGACGUCAGCGGCUACGUGGUGGAGAUCCUGGAGGAGGGCACGGAGCAGUGGUACCGCGCCACUGCCAAAGCCCUCAGCACCAACCAGUACGUGGCCGCCGGCCUGGCAGCCAAUAAGAAGUAUAGAUUCAGAGUCGCCGCCAUCAACAGCAAAGGCACUGGCGAGUUCAGCGAACCCAGCGCCGAGGUCGAGCCGCUGGAGAGGAUCGAAAUGCCGGACCUGGAGCUGGCCGAGGACCUGAAGAAAACGGUGUGCGUGCGCGCCGGAGGAACCCUGCAUCUGGUUGUGUCUGUCGGUGGCCGGCCGACCCCCGUAGUGACCUGGAGGAAGACGGGUGUGGAGCUGCAGCGGCGCGGCUACAUCGAGACCACCGAGCGCUCCACCUCACUGAUGUUGGAGAAGGUCAACCGCUAUGACUCGGGAAAAUACAUCGUGGAGGCGGAGAACCCGUCUGGCAAGAAGACUGCCGUCAUCCUGGUUAAAGUCUACGACACCCCCGGUCCUCCCGGCUCUGUGAAGGUGAAGGACUACACCAAGGAGUCGGUGGUGAUCACGUGGGACGUCCCGAGCAUCGACGGCGGCGCUCACAUCAGCAACUACAUCGUGGAGAAGCGCGAGGCGACCAUGAAGUCGUACAAGACGGUCACCACCGAGUGCAGGAAGACGCUGUUCCGGAUCAGCGGUCUGGAGGAGGGCGUGCACUACUUCUUCAGAGUGCUGCCGGAGAACAUCUACGGCGUGGGUGAGCCCUGCGAGACGGCCGAGGCCGUGCUGGUGUGCGAGGUGCCGUCGGUACCUCAGGACCUCCAGGUGGUCGAUGUCACCAAGUCGUCUGUGACGCUGUGCUGGGAGAAGCCGCUGCACGAAGGCGGCAGCCGGCUGAACGGAUACAUCAUCGACGCCUGCAAGGUGGGCACGGACAGGUGGAGCACCGUGGCAACGCUGAAGGCGUCGGUGUCCCAGCACACCGUCCAGUCUCUGGUGGAGAACGACCAGUACCUGUUCAGGGUCCGAGCCACCAACAGCAGGGGGGCCAGCGAGCCCAUGGACACCGUCACACCCGUCACCAUCCAGGACAUCAAGGUGAUGCCGAAGAUCGACAUGACUGGCAUCCCUCAGAAGAUCGUCUACGUGCACCGCGGCAAACCCAUCGACCUCAACAUCCCCAUAAAGGCCAAACCGCUGCCCGUCUGCUCCUGGUUCUUCGGCGGCGUAAAACUCAAGGACAGCCUGGACCGCAUCAAGAUCGACAGCGACGGAAAGUUCAGCCGCCUCGUCAUCCGCGAGACCACCAUCAACGACACGGGAAGGUACUCGCUGGAGGUGAAGAACGCCGUCGGCACGGCAACCGAGGUCAUCAAAGUCAUCAUCCUCGAUAAGCCUGGCAUCCCUGUGGGUCCGAUUAAGAUCGAGGAGACUGACGGCGUGUCAGUGACGGUCAGCUGGGAACCUCCGGAGAAGGACGGUGGUGCCAACGUCAGCGGCUACGUUGUGGAGCAGCGCGACGCCCACCGUCCGGGCUGGGUCACCGUCUCAGAGUCAGUGACGCGUCCCUGCUACAAGUUUAGCAGACUGUCCGAGGGAACUGAGUACGUGUUCCGUGUCGCAGCCAUGAAUCGCUUCGGCAUCGGCAGCUUCCUGCAGUCGGAGGUGGUGGAGUGCAAGAGCCCUAAGACCAUCCCGGGACCUCCCAGCAGGCCAGAGGUGCUGGACGUGACCCACGAGGGCAUGACGCUGACGUGGCAGCCGCCCGAGGACAACGGCGGCUCCACCAUCGCGGGCUACAUCAUCGAGCGUAAGGAGGCGGGCUCUGACCGCUGGAUGAAGAUCAGCAAGAACCCCGUCACCAUGACGCGGUACCGCUCCUCGGGCCUGAUCGAGGGCCUGGAGUACGAACACCGCGUCACCGCCAUCAACUCCAGGGGAGCCGGCAAACCCAGCGAGAGCUCUGCCAUCACCAUUGCCAUGGAUCCCAUCGAGCCUCCAGGUGUUCCCGUCCAGCCCCGAGUCACCGACUCCACCCGGACCUCCGUGUCUCUGGCCUGGCUGCCGCCCGAAGAGGAGGGCGGCUCCAUCAUCACCGGGUACUUCAUCGAGAUGCAGAAGGUGGACCAGGUGGAAUGGACGCUGUGCAACACCACGCCCACCAAGAUGUGCGAGUACACGCUCACCCACAUGCCCCAGGGCGCUGAGUACAAGUUCAGGGUUGUGGCGUGCAAUGCCGGCGGCGCCGGAGAGCCCGCUGAGGUUCCCGGAGUCGUUAAAGUCCAGGAGAUGCUGGAUUAUCCCGACUACGAGCUUGAACGUAAGUACGAGGAGGGCUACGUGGUGCGGCAGGGCGGAGUCAUCCGUCUGUCCGUGCCCAUCAAGGGGAAACCCAUCCCGACGUGCAAGUGGACCAAGGACGGCCGCGACAUCUCGCACCGCGCCAUGAUCGCCACGCACGAUGACAUCACCGAGCUGGUCAUCAAAGAGGCGCACAAAGACGACACGGGCAGCUACGACCUGGUGCUGGAGAACAAAUGCGGCAGGAAGGCCGUCUACAUCAAGGUGAAGGUGAUCGGCCGCCCCGACGUCCCAGAAGGCCCUCUGGAGUUUGACGACAUUCAGAUCCGAUCCGUGCGGGUCAGCUGGAGACCGCCGUCGGACGAUGGCGGCUCCGACAUUCUGGGAUACAUCGUGGAAAGGCGCGAGGUUCCCAAGGCCGCCUGGUGUACGGUGGACUCCCGCGUGACGGAGACCUCUCUGGUGGUGAAGGGCCUGAAGGAGAACGUGCAGUACCACUUCAGGGUUUCUGCCGAGAACCAGUUCGGCAUCAGCAGAUCUCUCAAGUCUGAUGAGGCCAUCACGCCGAAAACACCACUCAGCCCACCAGAACCUCCCAGCAACCCUCCAGAGAUCAUGGAGGUAACCAAGACGACGGUGUCUCUGUCCUGGGCGCGGCCCAGGGACGACGGCGGCUCCCGUGUCACAGGAUACUACGUGGAGAGGAGAGAGGUGUCGACGGAGAAGUGGAUCCGACACAACAAGACCCACAUCACCACGACCAUGUACAACGUCAGCGGCCUGAUCCCCGACGCAGAGUACAUGUUCAGAGUGGUGGCCCAGAACGAGGUUGGGCUGAGCGAGGCCGGGCCGGCCUCAGAGUCCGUGGUCUGCAAAGAGCCAUUCGACAAACCCAGCCAACCGGGAGAGAUCGACAUCAUCUCCAUCACCAAAGACUGCAUCACUAUCCACUGGCUGCGGCCGGAGCACGACGGCGGCAAAGAGAUCCUGGGCUACUGGAUCGAGUUCAGGCAGGCUGGAGAAAGCGCCUGGAAGAAAUGCACCAAGGAGCGCUCCAAGGACCGCCAGUUCACCAUGGGAGGCCUGAUGGAGGCCACCGAGUACGAGUUCAGGAUCUUCGCUGAGAACGAGACCGGACUGAGCCGACCGCGCCGCACGCCAAUGGGCAUCAAGACCAAACUGAGCGUUGGUGAGGCUCCAGCUCUGAAGGAAGACAUCCAGGACGUCACCACCAAGCUUGGCGAGUCGGGCACUCUGACCUGCGGCAUCAUCGGUAGACCUCUGCCGGAGAUCAAGUGGUACCGCUACGGCAAGGAGUUGAUCCAGAGCCGCAAGUACAAGAUGAGCUCUGACGGACGCAACCACUCGCUGAGCAUCCUGACGGACGAGCAGGAAGAUGAGGGCCUGUACACCUGCAGGGCCCUCAACGAGGCCGGAGAGGUGGAGGCCAGCGGCAAGUUGCGCCUGCAGGCGGCACCGCAGUUCCAUCCCGGCUUCCCUCUGAAGGAGAAGUACUUAGCCGGCGCUGGCACCAGCCUCCGCCUCCACGUCGUCUACAUCGGACGCCCCAUUCCCCAGAUCAUGUGGUUCUACGACAAGAAGCCUCUGAACGCUUCCGAGAACGUGAUCAUUGAAAACACAGAGAGCUACACCCACCUGGUGGUGAGGAACGUCCAGAGGAAGACCAACGCUGGCCGCUACAAGGUGCAGCUCAGCAACGUGUACGGAACCAUCGACACCGUGCUCCGCGUGGAAAUCCAAGAUAAACCAUGCAUUCCCGAGGGCCCAAUUGUUGUUGAAGGCCUGCUGAAGAGCUCCAUCAUCAUCAGCUGGAAGGCUCCCAAAGACGACGGCGGCUCCAUGAUCACCAACUACAUUGUGGAGAAACGCGAGGCCAAAGAAGGCGAGCAGUGGAAUCUGGUGUCCUCCUCCGUCUCUGGCACCACCUGCCGUGUCCCCAACCUGAUUGAGAGCGCUGGAUACUACUUCAGAGUCUCUGCCCAGAACCAGUACGGAGUCAGCGAGUCUCUGGAGAUCCCGUCCGUGGUCAUCAUUAAGAGUCCAUUCGAAAAACCUGGCAUCCCACAGCAGCCAUUCAUCAUCAGCUCCACCAAGGACUCAUGCGUCGUGUGCUGGAAGCCUCCGAGCAGCGACGGUGGUGCUAAAAUCACCAGCUAUUACCUGGAGAAACGUGAGAAGAAGCAGAACAAGUGGAUGUCAGUGACCAGUAAGAAGUUUGUGGAGACCAAAUACGAGGUCACGGCGUUGCUCGAGGGCUUCGAAUACGAGUUCCGUGUCAAGUGUGAGAACAUGGGCGGCGAGAGCGACUGGAGUGAGAUCUCAGCGCCAAUCAUCCCCAAGUCCGACCAGUCUCCUCGCGCUCCUGCCUUCAGGGAGGAGAUCAGGGACAUGACCGUCAAAUACCAGGCCAAUGCCACAUUUGUCACCAAGGUGGUGGGACAUCCCAAACCUCUAGUGAAAUGGUACCGCAGUGGAAAGGAGAUCCAGGCCGAUGGAACCAAGAUCAAAGCCCAGGAGUUCAAGGGCGGCUACUACCAGCUGGUCAUCGUUGCCGCUGAUGAGACGGAUGCUACAGUUUACCAAGUCAGAGCCACCAACUCAUCAGGAUCCAUCUCUACCACUGCCAACCUGGAGGUGGAAGUUCCUGCUAAGAUCCACCUGCCCAAGGAGCUCCAGGGAAUGGGAUCAGUCAACGCUGUCCGUGGGGAAAACAUCACCAUCAAGAUCCCCAUCUCUGGCAAACCAGAGCCAGCAAUCACUUGGCAGAAGGGUCAGGAGAUUCUCUCCAACUCUAUCUAUCACCAAGUCAUCACAACCAGGUCGUUCACGUCCCUCGUCUUCCAGAAGGGAAUGCAGAGGAAGGACACUGGCUACUACAUCAUUACCGCAAAGAACAGGUUCGGUACGGAUAAACAAACCAUUGAAGUGAACGUGGCCGACAUACCUGAGCCUCCAAAGGGACUGGUUGUCAGCGACGUUGGCCGGGACUCCAUCACGUUGACCUGGGAGCCUCCUGCCAACGACGGCGGAAGCGACAUCAUUGGCUACAUCGUGGAGAAAUGUCCCACAACUGCGGACAGAUGGAUCCGCGCAGGACACACCGCAGACUGCAGCAUCACAAUCAUCAACAUGUUCGGAAAGACCAAGUACCAGUUCCGCGUCGUCGCCGAAAACCAGUUUGGCCUGAGCGCUCCUUGUCAGCCAACUGAGCCGAUCACGACGAAGGAAGACACGUCCGUGAUCAGGAAUUAUGACGAGGAAGUGGAUGAAACCAGAGAGAUCACCAAGGAGGAGGCUCUGUUCUACAAGGUAAAGGAGCUGUCAUCCAAGUACGUCAUCUCUGAGGAGCUUUCUCGCUGCCAGUUCGGAGUGGUCCACCGCUGCACGGAGAUCGCCACCAAGAAGACCUUCAUGGCCAAGUUCAUCAAAGUCAAAGGAACCGACCGGGAGUUGGUUCUCCGAGAAAUCGAAGCCCUCAACGUAGCAAGGCACAAGAAUGUUAUCUAUCUACAUGAAUACUUUGAAAGCAUGGAGGAGAUCAUCCUGAUCUUUGAAUUCAUCUCCGGAGUGGACAUCUUUGAGCGCCUCGGCACCAGCAACUUUGAGCUCACAGAGCAGGAGAUCGUCCGCUACCUGAGACAAGUCUGCUCCGCCCUCAAGUUCAUGCACAGCCACAACUAUGGCCACUUCGACAUCCGCCCAGACAACAUUGUCUACACGACAAGGAGAAGCACCAAUGUAAAGAUUAUCGAGAUGGGCCAGGCUAGGCUGCUGGUGCCAGGAGAAAACGUCAGAAUGCUGUUCUCCGCUCCGGAGUACUGUGCCCCUGAGAUCCACCGUCACGACCUGGUCACAACCGCCACGGAUAUGUGGUCCGUGGGUGUCAUGGCUUACAUUCUGCUAAGUGGCCUUAAUCCGUUUGCCGCAGAGUCCAUCACAAAGAUGAUCGAGAACAUCUCCAACUGUGAGUACAUCUUUGACAGUGAAGCCUUUAGCGACAUCAGCCUGGAGGCUAUGGACUUUGUGGACAGACUUCUAGUCAAAGACAGGAAACUCCGUAUGACCGCCCACGAGGCUCUGGAGCACCCUUGGCUCAAGAUGAAGAUCGAGAAUGUCAGCACCAAGAUCAUCAGGACGUUGAGACACAGAAGGUACUACCAGACUCUGGUGAAGAAGGUAGAUAUCAUUGUGUCGUCGGCUCGUGUGGCUUAUGGCGGUGCCUUCAAGAACCAGAGAGGAUUGGCUGUGGGAAAAGUGAAGAUUGGAAGUGAGUACCAUGGCCUCCGCACCGGUCCAGUCAUGCAUGCCUCAGCUGAGGAAGGCGGCCACGUCAGAUUCACUUGUAGCAUCACCAACUAUGACAAGAGCACUCAGGCGUCAUGGUACUUCGGAAACCGCCAGCUCCACGCAAGUGCCAAGUAUGAAAUCACCUACAGCAAUGGUUUUGCCAGCAUCUACGUUAAGGACAUCGAAGAGAGUGACGAUGGUGUGUACAGAUGCAAAGUGGUGAGCGACGAGGGAGAGGACAGCGCUUAUGGAGAGCUCUUUGUCGAGACAGUGAGGAGCAUCCGAGAGCACUACAUCAGCCGCUCAAUCAAGAAACUCAGGAGGAGAGUCGACAAGACGAAACUCCUGCAGAGACCGCCAGAGUUCACUCUGCCUCUCUACAAUCGCUCCGCCUACAUCGGUGAAGACGUGCGCUUCGGCGUCACUAUCACCGUGCACCCGGAGCCUCACGUGACGUGGCUGAAAAACGGAGAAAGGAUCAAGGCGGGCGAUGACGACCGCAAGUACACGUUCACCAGCGAUAAGGGUCUGUAUCAGCUAAUGAUCCACAACCUGGAUAUGAAUGACGAUGCAGAGUAUACUGUCAUGGCCAACAACAAGUUUGGAGAAGAUAGCUGCAAGGCGCGUCUCACCGUGACACCUCAUCCUGUGACAGAGGAAACUAUGAGGCCCAUGUUCAAACGUCUGCUGGCUAAUGUUGAGUGUGUUGAGGGACACAGUGUGCGCUUUGAGCUCAGAGUCUCAGGAAUUCCAACCCCGACUCUGAAAUGGCAGAAGGACGGUCAUGCGCUCGAGUUUGGUCCCAAAGUCGUCGUCAUACAGGAAGAUCUCGACUACUACGUCUUGCACAUUAGAGAGACUUUGCUCGAAGACUCCGGUGUGUACAGUGUGACUGCAACCAACUGUGCCGGCUCUGCAAGCUGCCAGGCUACCCUGAAGGUGGACCGCCUCACCUACACCAGGAGAGAGUACAAGAGCGAGGAGGAGAAACACAGACAUGUACAGAAACAAAUUGAAAAGACUCACAAGAUGGCUCUGAAGAUUGUCGCCACUGAGGAGCUCGUACCUCUCAACCCAACAGCCCAGGAGGCGCUCAAAUAUGCUUCAGAGAUGUACAAGCCCGCCGUGAGCACCAAGAACGUUGAGGGUGAGUUCGACAUCACGGUUGAGAAGUCCGAGACAAAGAAGUUGGAGGAGGAGAGGAGGAUCUUCAUGCCGUAUGAGAUCCCCGAGCCUGUGGUUCACGAUCCCAAAGCUCUGGAUGAGGACAAGGCUAUCAAACUGUUUGUGCCUCUCUCUGACAUGAAGUGGUACCGAAAGCUGAAAGACCAGUACGAGGUUUCAGAGAAGAUGGAGAGGAUCGUGCAGAAGAGGCAGAGACGUAUCCGCCUGUCCAGGUGGGAACAGUUCUACGUGAUGCCCCUCCCGAGAAUCACUGACCAGUACAGGCCAAGAUGGCGUAUUCCGAAACUCACUCAGGAUGAUUUGGAGACUGUCAGGCCCGCCCGCCGAUCACCUUCUCCUGAAUCCGAGAUCUCCUUUAGAUCCAGAAGGAGAUCUCUGGGAGACAUGAGUGACGAGGAGCUGCUGAUGCCCGUGGAUGACUACCUUUCCAUGAGGAAAACUGAGGAGGAGAAAAUGAUGCUGGAGGAUGAGCUAGAGCUCGGAUUUUCAGCCUCUCCGACCCGCAGCCCCGUCCGCAUUGAGCGCCGUGCCGUGGAACUCAAAGAGAGACGGCAGGAAGUCAGGCACGAGUCUGUCGAGGUUUCUGAGACAAAGAAGAAACGCACCGUUUCCCAGUUCAUGAGAAGGAGAAGGUCUCUGUCUCCUACGUACAUCGAGCUCAUGCGUCCCGUCUCCGACCUGAUCAGACCGUCACGUGCCAAGCCCCCAGUAGAGGUGGAGGGAGAGGCAGUGGUGCGGAGGUCCCCCACGCCAGAGAGGACACGUCCUCGCUCUCCCAGCCCCAUCAGGUCAGUGGAGAGGUCAUCCCGCUCCUCCUCCAGGUUUGAGCGUUCCGCCCGCUUCGACAUCAUGUCCCGCUACGAGGCGAGAAAGGCCACUCUGAAGUCCGAGAGGAAAUACCAGGUGGUCAGCCAGACGCCAUUCAGUCUGGACCACGCUCCACGCGUGACAGUCAGGAUGCGCUCUCAUCGCGUACCGAUCGGCCAAGACACCAAAUUCAUCCUGAACAUCCAAACCAAGCCAGAGGCCGAGGUCAAGUGGUUCCACAACGGAACUGCGAUCUCCGAAAGCAGCGAAAAGUACAUUUUCACCAACAUGAGUGGUGUGUUGUCCAUCACUAUCCUGGAGUGUCAGGAAGACGACAGCGGCACAUACCGCUGCGUGUGCUCCAACGCCAAGGGAGAAGCGUCUGACUACGCCACCCUCGAUGUGUCCGGUGGUGGCUACACCACCUUCUCCUCUCGCCGCAGAGAUGAAGAAGUCCAGAAAGGAUACGUCCCUGAAGUCACUAAGAUUGACCACUAUCACACCACACACUUCAAAGCUGGCUACUCUUCUCAGACACACUUGGAGGUGGAAGAGAGCAAGUCUAAACUAACAGAGACACGUGAAGUUGUCACACGUGAAAGAUACGCUGCCUCCUCUGAGAGAUACUCCUCUGCUGAAAGAUACGAUUCUUCCAUCAAGUACGCCUCUGCUGAAUACCUGUCAUCUGAUUCCUCCUAUUCAUCGGAUAAGUUUUCUCUGACUGGAAAACGCACCACGUCUGAAGCUAAACUGAAGUCGUCUUCUGCUGCUACUGCUGUGACCGAGGAAGUUUCUGUCCACAAGGUGAAGCCUUCUCUUCCUGCCAAAAUCCUUACCAAGCCCCAGUCUGUGACGGUCGCAGAGGGAGAGAGCGCCAGAUUCUCUUGCGACAUCGAUGGCGAGCCUUCACCCAGCGUAACGUGGAUACAUGAGAGUACAACCAUUGUCUCGUCUCACCACGUCCGCGUUACCACCACGCAGUACAAGUCCAGCAUGGAGAUCUCCUCUGUGACGGCGUCCGACGAGGGCAGCUACAUCGUUGUGGUGGAGAACUCAGCAGGCCGACAGGAGGCUCACUUCACUCUGACGAUCCGCAGAUCAGUUACCAAAGAGGAAGUCAAGGCUGUGAAAUCCCCCGAGCCGUCUGUAAAGUCACCCACUCCGAGUGUAAAGUCUCCGGAGCCUUCCGUCACAUCACCGGCUCCCUCUGUUACGUCCCCUGUCCCCAGCAUCAAGUCUCCUGAGCCUUCGAUUAAAUCGCCAGCUCCAAGCGUCAAGUCUCCUGAACCAAGUAUAACGUCUCCUGUUCCGAGCGUGAAGUCGCCAACGCCGAGCGUGAAGUCUCCCCAACCAGAGGGAAUUAAAACGCCAAGGAGCGUCAAGUCUCCUGAGCCAUCCACACCCUCUCCAGCACCCAGCCUAAAAUCACCAGCUCCAGGCGUCAAAUCUCCUGAACCCGAGGGAAUUAAGUCACCACGCGGACUAAAAUCCCCUGAACCCAAACUCAAGUCACCACCGCCACCGAUCAAGUCUCCUGAGCCUGAGGGAGUGAAAUCACCUCGUGGCAUCAAAUCUCCAGAACCUGCGGGAAUCAAAACACCAAGAGGACUUAAAUCUCCAGAACCUGCGGGAAUCAAAACACCAAGAGGACUUAAAUCUCCAGAACCUUUAGGCAUCAAAUCCCCAAGAGCCUUAAAGUCCCCUGAGCCCGAGGGAAUCAAAUCACCCCCGAGGAUGAAGUCUCCUCCUCCCGUCAUGUCCCCGAAGAGGGUCGUUUCUCCGCCCACUGUCAAAUCCCCAAUCCCGAAACCUCCCAAAGUCCUGAGUCAGCUGACAGCCGAGGCGAGCGAAGGCUCGGUGCGGAUGUCCUGCGUCUGCGAGAGCAGCGUCAAAGAGGUGGUGUGGUACGUCAACGGGAGGAGGCUUUCACAGAGCAGCCGCUUCGAGAUGCACUACUCGGAGGGCUCCUGCAGCCUUCUGAUCUGUGAUCUGGCAGACAGCGAUCAGGGAGAGUACACCUGUGAGAUGACCUCAGAGGGAGGAGUGUCCAAAUCCUCUUUCUCCUUCACCGGACAGGCGUUCCAGUCCAUACGGAUGAAGAUCACAGCCUACCGUGAGCAGCAACUGGCACUUAAAGGAUCAAUGGCGAUGAGUCAGAAGGAGUCGUCGUCUUUAUCCGUGAGCUCAUCCGUGAGCUCAUCCAUGAUGAUGAAGAAAGAAAUGCACGUGAUGGAGGAGUCGUCGUCCUCCUUCUCUUCCUCCGCCCAGCAGGCGAUGAUGUCAUCCAUGAUGGAGUCCAGCUCCUUCAGCAGCAUGGCAGCCGAGAUGAAGUUCGAGACUAUGUCCAUGUCCAGCAUGUCCUCAAUGACGUCCGAGACAUACGCCAUGAGCUCCCAAAGUGAGGGAUCCUCUUUCAAAGCAAUCGGUUGUGCUCCGCGGAUCGAGGCUCUGCCGGAGGACAUCAGCAUCGAGCCGGGCAAAGUCCUGACGGUCACCUGCGCCUUCUCCGGCGACGCCAAACACAUUGAGUGGUCCCGCAGCGGCAGAGCCAUCGAGGUGACUGCCGGCGGACGCUUCCACAUCGACACCACGGAGGACCUGACCACGCUCAUCAUCACCGGCGUGAAGGAGGAAGACGCCGGAACAUACACCCUGAAGCUGUCCAACGAGCUCGGCUCGGACACAGCGACUGUUCACAUUAGCAUUCGAUCAGUGUAAAAAAAAAAAAAUAUAUCUAAUCGUUCGAUCUUCCCCUUUUCCCUACUUCCAUGCCUUUUUAUUUAUUAACUAAGCAAAAAUAAUCUACUUCAUAAAGAUCUGGAUUUCUGUUCUUGUAAAUAUGAACUAUUUUUGUACCAAUCUUGACAUUAAUUUAUGCCAAACUAGACUAAAGUCUAAAGUUGUUAUAAAAUGUGCCAUAUUGGAUAACUAUGACUUAGGAUUUUUGAUCCAUUUUUCUGUGACAUGUACAUAAUGUAUAUAGCCGAAUUUAACGGUUAUGGGAAAUGUAUGCAUUGUUAUUUAUGACAAUAAUAUUAACUGAAACAAAGUGAAACUAAAUGUGGUUUAACAGGAGAAAGUUUCACUCGGAACGAAUACCUUGUUAAGCCAAGAAACUAAACAAUGUGCCUCAACGAUACGUUGAAGUCUUAAGAUUGCCUCAACAGGUAGAGAGGCUCCCUGUUGAAGUUAACUCAAUCCGAGACAGAACUAUGAAUGCACUGCGGUGCUGUUGCAUUGGAACAAAAGCGCGAGAUCCUGAGUGCUGUUUGCAUCUACCCUCAUGUAAGCAGGACGACUGGACCUCGCGCUCUUGACUGAUUAUGUCAUACCGCCAUUUCGAUGACAUGCUCACAGUGCGAGCGGCCUGCACUCCCUGAGCACAAGCGUUUUUUUUUUGUUUUGUGCUCCGCUUCUGGCAACUGACCACUCUCACGGCUCUUCAGUCGUACCAUCGAACCUGGCAAAUCACGAAAAAAACAAAACAAACCGAAGAGUCUGUGCGCUGUGCUUGGUUGCAGAGGCGGAGCUGUCUCUCGGAGGUCUGCAGUGUGUUUGUGUGUUAGUUUUUAGGAGUUCAGUCAAGCCGGGUGGCACCAAGCAGUCGUACGGCAGCCGAAAACCAACCGGCGCUGCGUUGAACGAGGACGGAGAGAAACGUGGUCUUGCGUGUCUCCCGGCACUUUGGUUUCAUUUAAGUUAGAGUUGUAGCGUUGACUAUUUUCGCAGCCUCCUUGAGUUUUUUCUCCAAUUAUUGAUUUAAUAAAGCAUGAUUAUCAGCACUA